ACUGCCUCUGCACCCCUGCGUGCCUGUGUCUGUGUGACUAAGCGUGUGUGUGUGUAUGUGUGUGAGAAAGAGAGAGAGACAGAGAGAGAGGGAAAGGGGGCGUGUAGAUGUGUGUGCUUUGCUGCACAGCCAUGGCAGUGUGAGCUGAGCGAUGCUUGCUGGCCGUCUCUCUCUCUCUCCCUCUCUCUCUCUCUUGCUCUCUCUCUCUCUCUCUCUCCCCCUGCGCUGCCUGGCUGUGCCUCUUUCGAGCAUUGAUGAACCAUUUUAUGCUACAGAGCUGCCGUAGCUGUCGUCCCGGUCCAGCUGCCGGCUGCUAUUCUGUCCUUCCAACACAUUAGGAAACACCUGCCUCUGCAUCGCUCUUAUAACAGCUGCUGCUAAGGUACUGUACCGUCUACUGUCUGCUGUCAAGCCGUGUGUUUUUCUGAGACGGGGAUUGUUGUGUUGCCUCUACUGCAGGAUCCCUGGCUGCUGCUGCUGUUGCUGCUGCCGCUACUGCUGCUACUACUGGAGGGAUAAGGAUCAUCAUUACAUGUCUUAGACUCUCUGAGGAUAUGAUUAAUGAAAUGAACUCCCCUCCCUUUCAUACCCAUGUUGCCGUCUACCUUUACACGCAUGUGUUUACUGAAGGAUUGUCUUGUUUUGAGUUCCUGUUCUGAAUGUCCAGGUUAACGACACUGAGAAGAGUCAGAGGACAUUGCACAUCAUUUGCAUGCUGUAAGGAUUCGCUGUCAGAUUGAUGUGCUGUCAGAAUUUCUUGUUUUGAGUGACAUGAUGCUGUGUUUUGUUGAAGGGACAUUUAUUUCUGCACAGCAGGGACAGUGGUUAUAUAGUGUUGGUAAUAUAGCAUUAUUUUCGGGUUCUGGUUGUCACUGGCAUGCCUGUCGAAAGAUGCUUUCAGUUGAGCAGAGAAGGAGAUAUGUGAUUUUUAGUUAAACGGAACCAUAAGGGUCUCGAAGUUGUGUGAAUCAUUUGGUGACAUGUUUGCUGAUUGGUCAUCAGCAGUUCAUUUAUAUCAGUCAAACCGUUUGAAUGGAUUUCUUCAUGUAUUUUUACAGAUUAUUAACAGUGUUGCGUCCUGGUGUAGACUGUUUGCAUCACAAGGUUGUCAAAACAGCAGCUGACACUGUGUGGUUGGUGCUUUUUUCUGCUCAUGCUCAUAAGGUGUUUUUAGUAUGCUUAAGUGUAUGCACAUUAUGAAUUAAUACAGAGAGCUGUAAGGGGCAUUAACUGAUGUGUAAAGGCUUUAAGUGUUUCUGCAUGUCGUGCCAUCAGUUUGCAGUCAGAUAGGAUCCUAUAGGUGGCAGUCAUGAGUGCAAAGGAAAAAAAAAGAGUCAAGGCUGAACUGUGCAGAAAUAUGUUGUCUGCUCAUGUGUGCACAGGUAAGGAUUUUGUGUUGACUCCCAAGGUCACUCAUUUGAAGAGCUCCUAUAAUUGGGGCUGUCAGGCUGGACUCACACCCCAGGUGUGAGAGAGUACUCUGGUGACAAACUCCCAUUCAUACUGAGGCUCCUCCUGCCCACCUUGACAAGCAGGCAUGGUCAUUCAUCAUUUUACCAGUUAUCCCUGAGCUGCCAGUAAGCAACUUUCAUCUUCACUAUGCACAGGAGACAGGUAUUCAUAUUUCUUGCCUAAAAUUGUUUGCUCUGCAAUGAGUUGAUUAGAAGGGAGACGGCUGGAGGGUGGUAUUGAUAGCUGUGGGUGAGCUCAAGAGGAGGGAGGGGUACUGCUGAGCAUUUCUGAAAUCCAGCCCUGGGUCAAACUGUAUUUGCAUAAAAUUCUUAGUAUUUAUUUCCUCCUUCUGGUUGUAUUAAAUGAAUGCUCACUAAAUGAGUGCACUGCAGUGGGAGUUCAAACAUUUUGUUGUAGAAACAAAAAUUGUAGAAAGCUAUACUGGAUUUAAAUUAAAAAGCUUUUUUUGAUGAAACCAUCUGUUAUUUGGGCAUAUGGAGGAGAAGAUCCAAGACUCUGCAUCAUUUCUGGAGUGUGUCACUGGGGAGUUUACAAACAUCAUAUUUUUAUGUGUCGGUAAAUCAUUUGAAUUUCAGCCUUUUUGCAACCAGUUUUAGUGGGUAAGACAUUUUAAAUUCAAGUACUCAACUUUUGAUAUGGCAAAUGUUUGCUAACACAAAUCCAUCAGACACAGAGCAGAAUUAACAGUCAUAUAGGGACACGCUUAUGCUCACCCAGUCUGAGUCUCCAGCAUCUCCUUAUGGAAAUAUCCACACUUUAGCUGUUAAAUUCUCUACUAACUUUACCCAACUUUGUAUCUGUGCUGCUGUGUGGUGGGUUGGUGUUGUACUGCAGAUGUAGUGGAGCUGAUUUUUUGUUUUUCUCCAUUAAAAACAGAUCCUGCGUCUGAGAAUAUGGCUGAAGAAGGUGGAGUUUUGGUUGUCCAACUUGAACCGUGAACUAAAAUUCAACAUAACACCCAUCAUUGGUCAGAGUUGCAGUAGUAUGAGGUUACACUUUUCUGUGGGUUCAUCACAUCCCUGGUCUCUCACUUGCAAGUCCAUAUUAAAUCUUUCAAAAUUCAGGUCAGUUCGGUGGUAACCAGUUUUUACACUGAAAUAUAUUUUCUGUAUUGCAAAAACAUUUUGUAUUUGAUAUGACUUUACUGGUGUCCCUGACAAAUUUAUACCAGACCCUCUAAGUAUCUGUAAUGAGCCCAAAUUCAAUCUCCAUGCUGGUGUAUGAGUUUGGCAGUGGAAUUGAAAAAGUGAAUCUGGUCUGUGUAGGUCUAUAUUAAAAUGACUAACACUUUAAAGGCCACAUCAUGCAGCAUGUGCAUGAGUGUGCAACCUCAUAUGGUGACAUAAUUAGCAACCCUUUUGGCUAAUGCAGAUGGUGCACACACAGCUAGCAGUUGGGACUGAAGUUUUAAUUAGGGACAAAUUGAUUAGGUUGCCCCUGUUGAAAUCCCUGAAGAAUGCAUCAUCAGUAAAUACCUCUGUAUGUGAGGAGCGUAUGUUAAAUAGUGAAUACGCUGAGUUGGUGCUGUCUGUGUGAAGGACUGUUUGCACUGCUAAUGUUUAUGACAUCGAUGUGAAAGGAGGAGUGCUGCUGAGGCACCGAACAUGGCUGCUCAGCUGAGGAUGGAGCAGUGUGAGACGAGCAUGGCUCAGCACGCUCCUGAGUGACCGAAGCUACGCUGUAGUAACAGCUGGAUUGUGCUCUUGGCGCCUGGAUGUGGCCUGGAUACAGCACGUGACCCACCACAGUGUGAGGCAUUAGUGAUAUGAACAGCAAGGUCCACAGCCGUAGUUACAUAACACCAUCUUCACUGGGAGAGCUCUGUAAAGAUGGCUCCAGGAGACUCAGUGACAGCGGAGUGAAAGUGCAUUAUCAUUGUCAGCGGCCGCAUCACUUGCCCUGAUUGUUGAACUGUCCCGUGCAUGACAAAGCAAGCAUGUGUUUCUGAUGUGUCCUGAGGGUGUUCUCAUGUGAGGGCAGAUUUAUGUACAUGUUUUGUGCUUUAAGCCUCUGGACUUGAUCCCCUGAACACACAUGCUCAGUGUAUUUGUAUUCAGGUUCAUAGAAGUAUGGGAAUCUGCUCGCGUGUGUCCUCACACCAGGAUGUGGGUGUUGCAGUUUCUAUCUUCACAAGUGAUCAUGCGUAUGUGUCUGUGCAGCACAUGUUUGUGUUAAAGACAUUGCUCCUGCGGCUCAGAUGUAAUGUAAGAAGAUAUGUUGUGCCAGCUGUCGUCAUGUUGGCAGUUUGACUGACUGUUGUAGUGUUGCUCGGACAGCCAAGAGUGACUGGCUGCUGACUGCAGCUGAGGUCAGAGGAGAGUAGCCAGUAAUCACCUUAGGGAUCUGGCUGCAUUCAUAAUUGAUUGUUCCUGGAGUUGAUCAGGGCUGUCCACCCAGUCAGAUGAAAAGCACUGAUCUGGUGUAAACAGCGUGAGAUCAGAGUUAGUAGUAGUGGUUGAAGUGCCGAGGAAUUGAUUAGAGUUUGUGGUGAAGUUUACUCCAGUAACAUGACAAUCCUGUACACUGGAGCCACAACAGCAAGUCAGUAUGUGGUUUUUGCUUUUAUGUGUUACAUGUAGAAUUAAACUCCUAAGUCCCACCACAAAGAAAUUCUCAUCUAGCUGAUGAGUCGAUGUCUCCUAUCCAGCCUGUUCCUAACUCCCAUGAUACCUCCCAGUGCGCUCUGCGACUGAACACACAACCUGCAUUUUUCACACUUUUCCUCAUUUAAAGGUUUUAGGGACUUAAAACGAGGGAAAAUUAUCUGUUACACUGCAAACAGACCAAUGUGAUAAUUUCUCUGCCUUCUUUUGUUGAGCGAUGAGAGGAUAAUGUGACAAAAUAGCCUCUCAUUAGCAUAUUUAUCUCCAUUAUUGGCUCUGUUGCUACAGACUGCAAAACAGUGAACAACCUGAAAAGCUCUGAGGCUGUUAGUAUUUACAGAGAGAUCCGGUCUGUCUCGUCUUUAUUAACCUCUUUUGUCUUUCCACAAUGAAAUGUGACACAGGUUAUGAGAUUUUGACUGACGGCUGUUACUUCAGCCUACUGUCAAUCAUCUGAUCUGGCACCUACCUCCUCACAGUGUUUCUAGGCAGUAAAGUUACAUCAGAGAAACCAUCCGCCUUGUUGGUUUUAAAGAGGCAUCAGUGUCAGUCUGUUUCUGAACCAGUGCCUCCAGAGCCUUUAAAAUCAGUGUUUGGAAAAAAAAGAAGUACAUUUUCAAUAUUUGUUGUGGCAAAAUGAUCUACUGUAGCAUGUUUGUGCAGUCUUAUUACUGUUUUUUUUUUUUUGUAGCAGGGAUCCCUAGCUUUAUUAGCUUUUUUGUCUCAUCAGUUAAUGCCUCUUCAAUGUUAACUUGUUGAGGAUAAGAAAAUGAUUCAGAUCUGGAAAAGCAGUGUGAUGACAAAAAGGAAAACCCACCGGUCUGCAAACCAACAGGAUUUGAGCUUGCAGCAGCCAGGCAAGACUAACAAGACAAAACCAGCAGCAUAUACAGUAGAUAGACUCUCUGAGCGGUCAGUGAGUUUGUGGUCGGCUCAGCAAGGUGGGGGUCUGUUUGGUUCCGUUCUGAAAGGUUAACAUUUAUGCAUAAGAGCGGCUGCUGAGGAUGAUUAUGUGAAUCUUGACAAAAUCCACGGGCAGUGAUGAUUAUUUGUAAGGAUUUGCUUUGUAAUAAAAAGCUUAUCCGGCAGGUUCAAUCUCUGUCUCGGUCUCUGCCUUUCUGCCCACAGGUUUAGCUCAGUGUGUCUGCUGUGUUCUCUGUUUUCUGGGUCUGUCUUUAAAUAGCAGAGACAUACCAAUGUCCUUUUGCAUAAAUUAAUCAAAUCUUAACGUUCUAAAUAUGCAAACCUUGAUUCAUUUGGUCAGGUUUCUGUUGAUAUAAGGAGUGACUCUCUGAUGUCCGAGGUAGUUGUUCAACAUUAUGUUCAGUGCUUCUGUCCUUUAUUCGGACAUGCUCCUCUCAGUGUCUUGUGGACCAUGUUGGAGGUUAAUUGCACUCUCUCUCUGAUAACAUAUUAAAGGCAGACAGUGCUGCAGACACACAGUGCCAGACAGUUCAGGGCUUAUUUUCUGUUUCUGCAGCACUUUUAAUGUUGAGGAUGAUUAAUGGAAUGCUAAUGUGCUCCGGAGUUAAUUCUUUGUGUUUAUGUGAGGAUGUAAUUGGUUCUAAUGUCCCGAUCAAGUAGAAUUUCACAGCAGAUUACUGGAGAAAAAAAAGCCUGUUUAUGCAGCGGGUGCAGCUGCAAAAGAAGUCCUUUUUUUGUUGUGAUCAAUCUCUGUUAACUGCGUAAUAGGACCCUCUAUGUACAGCACAUUGUCCUGUGUUUCAGGCCCCUGUGGAGUUGGCAGCCAGCUAUCCAAUCCACUGCCUGCAUGUCGCCCCAUCAUUGAACAGGGGUAGAAGCUAAUUGCAUGUAGAAGCUGUAAUAAGGUGGAUUGAAUUAGCUUUGGACUAAAAUGGAUUAAAGAGGCCGCCAUGACAUAUAGACUCCCAAAAUGACUCAUUAUUAUACCCGUUCAGUCAAAUAUAUAUCAUAAUACAGGGUAUUAUUAUCUAAGAAGUGCUGACAGUCGAGGGGCCACAACCCGACAUGAGUCUGUGCAAAUGAUUUUCUGCUGGAAUAACAAACAGUUUCUAAUUUAGUUUAAUUAGAAAUGCCUGCAUGGAACACUUCUCUUAAUACGGAUAAAAACAAAAAGCUAACCCCUGGGCAUCGACAAUUAACACAAAUAAUGAGCUCAUGCUGUUUUAAAUGUCAUUCAGGCAAAUCCUACGUGUGCGUCUUCGCCGGCAGAUCAUGUUUACAGUAAUGAAAUGUUUGCAAAUGUUACUUCUUAAAUGGAGUCAUAAAUUACCAUUUGAAAAUGUUUUUGUCACAGAAACUUCAUUAAACUUGAAUAACUUUGAUGAUAAAAACUGCUGCAGCUCUGUCAAAACUUUGUGUACCCCUCUGUAGGUACACUGUCCUGGCAUGACUAAUGUUGAUGUCCUCUUCUCCAAAACUUAAGUGUUUUAACUGAACAAGUAGUCAUAUAUUUAAACACAGUCCCAAGACGGUAAAACCCUCCGGAAAUAAUGUGCAUUUUUGCAUGAGAAAAGAGUGAAUGGCAGCAGAUGUUAGGAGGAAGAGGUUUUGAGCGCGCCCAGUAAAGUUGAAGUGGAUGGUGAGAGUGCAUGGCUUUAGGGUCUAUGCCCUGCAGCUGGAGUGUGGACGGAGAGCAGGAUGGAGAAAGCCUUUUGUCCAGAUGUCUGUUUGCAUUCAGGAGGUUAAGGCGCUGCCUCCCGCCAUUAGAAACAAACACUAAUUGCCCAUUGGCCCCGGGUUGGAGAUGUGCAGCUGGGGACACGAGGCUAAAAAUAGCACAGCUUGUUCUCAUGAGUGGCGGGCACACAGCACCAUAGUAUUAGUAUUCAGCUCUCAAACAUAGCAUGGAUUAAAAAGGUCAUCUUUUGGCCAUGACCACAAAUGUCAGCGCGGGGUACAAAGUGAAACUAGCACAGAGCAGGUUAGCUUCAAGCAGCCCCUCAGGGUUCACCCACAUUUGGACCAACCUACUGAACCUGCGUCCUCUGUCUGCACACUCUGUUUCCAUGUGACAUUUUCCUGCAAGUGUCAUGACAUCCCGUGUUUUUGUUUGUAGCCCAGCAGCAUUCACGCUUGUUCCAUGAAGCUUUUACCUACAUGCAGCGCUGGCCUUCCAUGCUUGAGUCGAGUUACAGCUCUCCCUCUAUGACACAAAAGCAGCAUCUGGUUCCACCUGACUGGAGCUAUGAAUAAUUGAAUAGGGGGCAUUAUUAUUUCCAGCCAGCUCCACUAGCUUGGCAAUAACAAGCAGUUUAGGUAGUGCUAUCAGCGUCGCUGGCUAAGUGGUUGAGCAUGGAGAGAGGAUGUUAUUUUACCUUGUUGGCAUCUUAUACCUGUGUGGGUUUGUAAGUAUCUGGUUGAAUGAGUGCUUAAGUGUUAUUUUUCAUUGAUACACCAGGUCAACAUGUUGCGUGGCUGUUCGCAGAUUUACUCAAGUUGGUAAACAAAACUAUAUAAAGCAUCUGGCAGACUUAGACAGUACAAUAAACCAAACAUUACGCCAUCAGUCAAUAUCCAAUAUGAUGAAUCUGGACUUUUCAUUAUAUUUGCUGCCCAGCCCUGGUACAGUAGUUAUUUUUCUUUUUCAGUCAUCAAACGGUAAAACUGACUUUAUUCUUUUAUUUUCUUGAAGUUCAGAGGAACGAGGGUUCAGUAGGUGCUCAUGGUCGCUGGUGGGCAGGUAGUCCAGCAGAUAUUUUGUUCUUUUUUUUUGUGAGAUAAAAUCUGUGAAGAAAGAUGAACUCGCUGUGUACACUGUGAGUGUAGCUGUUCGCUGUUUUUGCACUCAGACCGCCUGCAGGUGAGCGACCACUCAGCUGCACUUAGAGAUAGCGCACAAGCAGAUUUCAUCACUAGGGGGCCUUAGCGGCAGUGGUGGGGGUUAUUUGGAGAAAUUUGUUCAGCCAAAAUAUGCAAAAUCAAACCAAAAUUUGUUGUCAAAACGAUCCCCUAAUUGUGGAAGAAAUGACCCUGUAUUUUCAUGACUAUAUCGAUUUGACUGACUGUGUUCUUUCUCUCCUCCCACAGCUGAGAAAUGAAGUUUCGCCCCUCCAGCUCUCAGGUGUGCAGCGUGUGGACAGCUUUCAUCUUUUAGAGACCAACAGCAGAGCUCUGAGACUUGGCCCCGAGACCCUCAGCAACCAGAGGCUAAAGGAGAAAUUACUGGUGAGUUCUCCAUGCUGCAGGGAAAUAAAGGCUUGUUGGUGCUGGACUGGGCCUGGACCAUUAGGGCAGUUGAAGAUGACUAUUGAAGCGUUUUCUCUCAGUAUUUUUCUGACUUCUGUAUUUCUCUCUCUGCCUCUGGCUGUGAACUCAUGAACCAUAAGUUCUUUUUCCUCCUGAUUCUGGUUUAAUUUUAAAAUGACCCCUCUGCUGGUGCUCAGUGAGAAUCCUCAUUGGGAGUAAUUGGGGCCAUAAUGGCAGUUUUUUGUUUUUUCGUGACCAUCUCAGGGAAACGUUAGGAGACAAUGUCUCUAACUGAGGGCAGUUCAUUUACUCCGUCUCUGCCUAAGCAGAAGGAUGAGGAGGUGGAGGCUGACGCAAUGAGAGUUGUUUGCAGACUGAUGCAUCGGCAAACUUGGCUUACAUUUAUUUAUCCAUAUUUUUCUCAUGAAUCAUAACCUCAGGGGAUUGUUAACUUUUUUUUUAUUUAUUGCCAGUGAUGCUUGGCAGCUAACACUUGAGUUUGCAGUAUCACUUCGAUACUUGUAGAGAAAGUUGUCUUUUUUUUUUUUUUUUUGAAGGAAUGAGAAUGGUGAUGGAAAAUAAAGAAAAGGAAAUCAUUGCAACACAAUGCACAUGGCUGCUUAUCAGAGGUGGAUGAUAUAAAUGCAAAGCAACAGUUUGUUCCUGACCUUAUGUGCCACAAAGACUCAAACUUCCCUAUAUGUAAGUGAUUAAAUCAGUAAUAUGCUGGAUUUUGAACACCACCACCUGCUUCUCUUCCUAAAAGAUCACUUGUCAAUAGUUUUAGAGAAACAUAUUUUCUAAAAAGUCACACCAGAACAAUCACACAAAUGCUCUAAAACAUAUUUUGGGAAAAAACGAACAUGAAGCGGCAAAUUUGAAGUCAGUUCUCAUCUGAUAUUUUUUCUUUCCCAGGGCUGUGUGUUUUAAUCCUGCUGCUCAUUAAAAACAUUACACCUGUUAAACAUCAUCCCGGUCCUUUAUGUUGAUGCCCGUAGAGUGCACUAGAGAAACUGAGAAGGGCGGCUGUGACUGAGGAGGUAGUAAGGUUGUCGAUUAGUCAGAAGAUUGACAGUUGGAGUCAUGGUUCUGCUAUUCUGCAGAAUGAAGUGUUUGUAAGGAUGACAUUGAACCUCAGAUUGCUUCUUAUGGCACAGGCGCACAGUGUGUGAAUGUGAUUGAAUGAGAUCCUGAUGGGCAGGUUGGCACUUUGCAUAGUAGCUUAUUUGUAAAUACGAUACGUGUGAAUGGGUUUCACAGCAGUUUCAUUAAGAAAGAGCAGCUGACUCCAUUUACCGUUGAUUAAACCCAUCUAUCGAGGUGGAAUGGUUAAUUUUUGGACUCACUCUGAUUUCCUCGCUUAACAGUAUGUUUGUUUACCCAUCUACCUGUUCAGCGUCAUUUCCUUUCUAGGAGACCCUGCAGCCACAGCGUUGAGAAAAGCCCAGGUCCGUAAACAGCAGGUUUCCAGAGCGAAGCUGGCUCUGUUUUCCCCGGGCUUUCUUCAGGCUGCGAUCUCACAGUAGAGGCUGCUUGUAAUUCCCCCGGCUUCCCCUGACGUCUGUGGUUCAAUAUGAAUGAGCUGCAUCGAUUAGACCUCAGUGGGGUGCUUGUGUGAAGGGAAUAAGUUGUGUGUUUGUGUGUGUAUAUGCGUGUGUUUUCAUGAGGCGGCUGGUCUUCCUGGUCUGCGUUUCCUCUGCACUUCCCAGACAGUUGUUUUCACAGAGGCUGACGUUAUGGGUGACAUGUUUUGACUGAGGUGUUCACAUGGAGCUCUGAUAUUUGCAGCUUCUUCAUGCAUGUAAUCUAAUCCUGAUGUAUGUUUGGAGGUAAUCAAGAGAGGAAAACAUUUUGACAGUUGCAACUAAAACUUUUCCUGGUUUUGAUUCAUCGCACAAACACAUGAUUUUUACCGCCUCUCCAGCCCUCCGAGCGUGUUGCUCUCAUGCUAAAGCCUGCCAGCCGCAGAGUCUAUAGGGGUGCUAACAUCAACACUGCUGACUGUGAUUGUUUGAAAAAACGAAGGUGGUGUGAACUUUAUUUUUAAAUUCUCAGCCUGCAUGUGACAUGGCUACUUGAUAAUGAGCUUGUCAACGUUUCUUCAGGGAUCGUCAUGUGCUGCAGCUUUUCACGGGUGACUGAAUUUGGAUUAUAGAAUCUUUUUGGAAAGCAGAAUGUAAGGCUCUCCUCACACAAGGACGGCCCUGUAUUGUCCAGGCAUCGGCACCAAAACAUGUAUUGCUGUUCACACAUCGUAUUGUACAUAGGCUAAGUACAUUUACAUGACAACGCAAAAUCGGGUUCGGGUUGCCCGUCUGGUUCUGCUCCGAGGUGGAUUCCACGACAACAAGUUGUGCACGCGUAACAUGCUGCGUCUCUGCAUGAGUACUUGUUGCUGUUGUUGCCGUAACUCGUGUUGUUGUUGUUAAAUGUUGGUAUAAAAGUCGUAGUAGUAUUUGUAGUUGCUGGAACAAGAACAAAAUCACCCCAUCUACCGCCAUUGUUGUUGUUGCUGUGUGUGUGACAACGUGGGUUGGGGGGCGGGGAGGAGGAGGGGUGCUAUGAGGUCACCGUCUUUUCUGGACUUAUCUAUUUAUACCAACUACGGCAUGAAGACAAAUACCCAGAUAUCCACCUGCAGACCCGUUUUCAAAAAAGAUGCGGAGUCAUGGACAAAUACGCGUCUCUGUGUGUCAAAAUCACCAGAUCGAUAGUUUAUUUUACCGGUGUCUUACAAAUUCUUACUCGUGUAAAGACCACCUAAAUGAAUUUGUAAAUUUAUGAAACAAUUCUUGGAUGAGGAUUUUUUAUUGACCGUUGAUACCUAACAGGUGUUUAAUGUGAAGAUAAUGGAUUGACUCGGCUGUCAUCGUUGCAUUUAAGUAUUAAGUCCUACUUCACUGUAGCUUCUGUUAAUUCCUACAUCCUUGAAAGAGGUCUGGUCACAGAAAAGCACUUCCCUUAUACCUGUGGCUGUUGCCGGGAAACGAGCACUUUUAAAGUCGACAUGCAUCCUAUCAUGUCAUUAAGCUGGUGUUUUGCACCGCUCAGUCAACAGAAAAGGACGAGUAGGAAGGAACAAGGGGGUGGGAGGGUUGGGGGUGGUGUUGUUAGUCCCCUGAAGUGGAAAAACAGCCGAUUAUGGAUUCUGAAAGAUUGGUGUAGCAUCAGUAAUUACUGAUACUGAACGUUCCUGCGUACAGCUGAGUGAAGUGGUAAUGAAAAAUUGACAGAGCAUGAGGCACUUCUUCAGCAAGCUCCAUUAGCCUGCAGCUCUGUUAUCUUAUGAUGGAGAUGCAAUCAACAAACCGCAGACACGCCCUGUUGAAGGUAUCUUCCUCAUGUACACAGCUGUCUGUCGCUGGUACGUCUCUGUGUUCUUCUGUGAGCCGUCUUCAUAAAAGAGACUUUUUUUCCCUCAGAGAUUUCUCACACAAUUUCUCAGCCGUGUAGCUUGUCGUCUUAUAUGUGCAGAGAUUUGGGCUGAAGAAGGAGUUUCAUAGACUGCGCGAAUCGUGAUUCCUCAAAAGUUGACAUUUAUGGUGCGUUUGUCUCUUUUGUAGGACUUCAAAGUAUUUGACUGCAGGAUGUUUUUGGAAUCAAGGAAAGCGGCAGAAAAAAAGAAGCAGCUCUAUCUUUAGCGUCUUUUCUGCUCAUGUUGAAAAUUGCCUUCAUAGCUUGUGAAUUAAGUUUCAAGUACAUUCAGAGGUCAAAGAAGUGACAGCUAAAUAACAGAAUAUUGACUCGUGUCUGUUAAUGCAGUUCAAUGAAUCCUCUAAAACCUACUGGAUGUUUCAGAUCAUAAUAUCACAGAUGCAACUUCAGUUCUAUAAAGGUUAGACCACUGUAUGUAAAAACCGAAUUAGACGGUUUGCAAACAGCUUGGACAGGGCCGUGUUAACCAUCAUCUCUUCAGCUGACAACACUUAAAGAUUUAGAAACAGAGGAAAGCGUGUUUUGGGGUUUUGAGAGUAAAACAUUCUCGCCUGAUACAGGAUUUCAGCUGCUCAACACUUCAUGAUCGCCUUUGUUGUAUUUUAAAUGCCAGGAUGCACUUAUUGUUUUGGGUGGGUGACAACUUGGGACUGCAGCCAGGCCAGUUUAACACCCAGACUGCUACUACAGAGCUGUGUUAUUGUGAUACCUGCAGAGUAUGGCAUUGUGCUGCUGACUUAUGUGGGUCUUUCCUGAAGUAAGCAUUGUUUGGAUGGCUGAAUAUGAUCAUCCAUAACUGGAAUAUGUCUUGUUUAAUAUUAAAGGUGCCGUCUCAGAUAGGGACAGUGGAGGUUUCAUUAAUCAAAGGGGUCAGCACUUUCUUAUAUGAUCUCAUAUUGUUGUGUUUACAAUAUCAGCUUUGCUCAGUGAGACCAGCAGCUUUUAGGGUGUUGUUGUGACGUCCAGGGGCUUUUCUAUCCCACAGAGAGGAUAAGUGUAUUUUCACUUAUGAAUGUCCCCAAAAACAAAGGUAAUGUCUGAUGACUCAAGUAUGAAUUUGAGUGAAAUAGUGCUUUUCUGAGCUGACUGGGCUGGAUAGUGGCUGACAUCUUUGUUUUGGUCUGUUGACCUGUCAGAAGCUGUAUCUGCAGUCAGCUGACACAAGUAUAGAGGUACAAAAACUAGAACUGUUUUGGAAGGAUUCAUUCUACUCAGCUUAUUCUAGGAUUGGAAGAUCUGCGCUCCAUCUGUCUACCACUAUUUAGGUGCUCUUUUAGUAUAUACGAUAAUUUUUAUUUCAUUUGAUUGUGACAAUUUCAUUUUAAGACACUGAACAAAACAAAACAAUCUUUUACUCAAAAGAUGGUCGAAGUUGUCAGAGUUGACAUGAUAUGAACGAACAGAACUAAUUUGUACCAACAGAAAAAAAUUAUGCCGUUCUCCCUCUCAGAAGUGAAAUUAUCUGUCUUUAGAUUGUCUUGAAAAAUUAACAGGAAUGGCCGUAGGACCAGAAAGUAUCUCUACCAGAUAAGUCUGUCCUCCUCCACUUUUCCUGCUGCUCUGCUGCAGGGGUAAACUUGAGAGGUAAAUUGGCAGACUUUCUAAGGAGUCAAGAAUAAAAACAGGCGCAUCUGUCAAAGUUUGGCUGUUUUUUUAGCACUGUGCUCACAUUUAAAAGAUGUGAGGUGAAUGAACAGAUGUGUUAUUUAAGAAGGAGAACAUAUCUGCCCAGACUUUAGAUUUGUGAUGUUUUGCCAUCAGGUUGUAGGAGAAAAACUAUUUCUGCCUCUGUGAUCUGAUCAUGUGGUCCACCUGCAAAUGUGACUCAGUACCCAUCUGUCUCCCAGGGUCUCAUUGUUGGUCUCAUAAGGGUGAAACUUAUUCAGGGUGUGAAGACUUUCUCCUUGGCUAACUCCCGCCUUCAUAACUAUUCAUCACCGUCAGUAGACCUACAGUCAGACCUGCAGGUUUGCUGCGGCUCAGAUCAGUUUGAUGGUCAUCUGAAUCAUCAGGCUGAGGCACAUUUGAGUUCUGAUCAUAAAUAUGAAUCACACAGCUCAAAAAAAAAAACCCUCGUCAUAUAUUCAUAGAUCGUAUCUAUCAUGUUCUUCAAAAACAGACAACUAAAAAUAUUCCCCGGUGUCAACUCGCUGUCUCUGAUACUCCUACACCGACGUCAGUGCCAGAUGCAACAUUUAUUCAUAUUCAUUCAUAUUCAGAAGAAUUUUUUUUGUGACAACACUGUGACAAACAGGCUGAAUCCUCUGCAUGGUGGGAUGUGACUGAGACAAACAAGUGUAGAUUUGUGUUUUAGUGGUUUAUAUCCUCACACGAGCACGUCUCCUACUGUGUGUGUGCGUGUGUCGGUGCAUGUUGAUGUGGGAGGCCCCUGUGCUGGGGGCCAACCACAUGUUUACAUCACUUAUAAUGAAAUUAGAGCCGCGUGGCGCCCACACUACAGGCCUCCACUGAUCCUCUAAUUCAAUUACCCCCUUUAUUAACGCUCCGAUGCUGCUGGAUGACCCGGGACCGCACACUGCUCUGGCUACACAUCGUUCACUCAGCUGCCUGUGCUGCCUCUCCAGUGGAUUUACUUAUCAGUCAUUGUGUUACUUACUGAUGAACAGGGAUCAUCCAGGACAGAGGACCCAUACAUCUCUAAUUUAGUCUGACUGUGACAGCCUCAAGUCUGCAAUUAUGUAAAUACAGUCGGAGAGAAAGUACUGCGUCCAACAUGGUGGAGCAUCUGUGAGAUGUCUCAACGAAACUGGAGGAUAUUGUGUGUUGCUACGAUCGGCUUUAUUUCAUCCGAUCUAUUCUUGAUAUAUUUGCAUUUAUAACUUAUCAAACAACUGAGGGACGACCGUUUUUAUCUGUGGACCCCAAGGGCCACACAGCAAACAAUUUAUAUGGGGGUCAAGAGUCAAAAUCUAAUGCUCAAAUUAGGGCUGGGCAAUAAACUGAAAAUUUACGGAUACCGAAAUUGACGACAAUAACCAACGCCAUUUUGCCCAUAUCGGUAUAUUCAGUGUCAAAAAAUAGAUAAAUAAAAGUUAGUUUUGGAUGUGUGUAGGUAGGCUUUAAGACGCCGCCCUACGUCAGAGACGUGACUCCACCCCAUCCAGUCCGUAACAAAGAAAGAAAGACAGGUGAGGAGAUGGAGGACGGUUCAAAAGUUGGAGCGGCUGAAGUAGACGAAGUUAAUGUGGGAGGGGGUGAGCAGCUUGUGGAGUAAUUAUCUUCCAUUUAUCGUUAUCAAGGUGAACUGCUCAAUAUAUUGUGAUAUUGAUUUGAGGCCAUAUCGCCCAGCCCUAGAUCAAAUUCUGUCUCAGUAGUCUGCAUGUUGUAAAAAAGGGUUUGAUUUGGUGAUUUACCUGAUUUUAGAUCAUAUCAAGAGUCAAACCUGCAGUGAAAACUUACUAAUUUGGAAAAUAUCAAAUAUGUGCAGCUUGAAUAAGUUUUUUUCAAACCUAAUAUUAGCAACAUCAACUGAACCCUAUAGAAGUAUAAGAGAAAAUGAUGUCCACUUGCUGUACGAGUCUGUCUGCUACACCUGCUUAAUCUCUUUAAAUGCUGGAGGAGUUCUGCUAAUGCUGAAUGCUGAAAAAGUGCAGCUUCUCCCAUAUUUGAAGCAUAUAGGAUUAAAACACCAAGACUUUCAGUUUAAUAUUUUGAAAGAAGUUGAUCCUUUUAGACAGUUUAAAGCUGCAUGAGAAUUCAUGUGGAUUCCUGCUCAGUCUCACCACUAGUCCCUAACACACCUGAAACUUUAAACAAAGUUACAGCAGCAGUGGAGAGGUAAAUUCUUCAAUUAAAUGUUCUCAACAGGCAGCAACAUCUUAUUAAGUCUGUAAUGUGUCUUGUGCAUUUCCUUAUGUAACAAAAAUGCUUGUUUGCAUCUUUCGUGUAAUUUCUCCGCUAACCAGACGUCUCUUUAAAAUCUAAAAUCCAGAAUGUUCCCCCACAGCUGAGGGGAGAGAAUAUAUUCCUUAUCCUCUUUAUCUUGGCAGCUCGUCUUUGUUUACUUGUUGUAAGUGUUGUUGGAAAAUUCAGGAAGAUGUGCAAAAGCACUUUGCCGCAAACCUUGAAAGAGUCAGAGGGUUGAAAUUUCAAAAUAGAAGCAUGUUGAUGACAAUUUAGAUCGAUCUAAUUUGAUCAGAUAGUUGUUCAGCUUGCUCAUGGAGUGAUCCUGAUCAAUAGAUUGUUAGAGGAGGCACUGUCUAUUUCCGGGUGUUUUGUUAUCAGCUGAAAACUCCUUACUGGAGCUUUAAUAUUUAAAGAAUUUGUUUUCCCUUUUUUUUCUCUGUGAAUGCCAAAUUUGUCGAACCAUUCAAGAGCAGAUUCAGCGUGUUUCUUUUUCCCAGUCUGUGAUCCAGGCCCUGAAUGUAAACUGUAAGACUGUGUUGCUGUUGGAACAAAGCCCGCUGCCUCUCUGCUGUAACAGGUCUGCAAAGAGCUGGCAGGAUGUGUGGCAUGAUUUAACACACAGGGUGUCUGGUGCUAGCACACACACACAGAAGGGCAGACACACACACACACACAUAAACAUACAAACACACACCACUGUAUGUAGACACUGCUGGUGUAGCCUUUACUCUACACAGAUAGCAGCACACUUAUGAUGCUGAGAUAAGGCUUAUCAGGGCUUCAUCAGAGACAGCAGAGAGAAGGAGAGAGUUCUUUCAGGUCUCCUUCCAGGGUCAUGUGUUUCUAAAACAACCUCUCUUACAGUCUGGUCUGCCAUGAUGGCCGCCAGCUGUAGCAUCACACCACUCUUCACUCUGUAUUCAUUCUGCAACAGACAGAAGAGAAAUGCUUUGCAAGUUUAAGGAGAGGAAAGGAAAAUAAGUGCAUUUAAAGGGACUGUAUUACCAAUAACAAGAGAAACAUUUCUUCAUAUCCUGCACUAAAAUGCUAAAGGAAAUGUCCGCACUUAAGCCAGUUAAUGGGUUUAUCACAGGUUCGCAGAAUCCCCCUUUCUUCAGACCCGCUUGAGUGCCUGCGUGAUACAAUGCGGUUAAAUCAUCUCAUGCCUAUACUCAGGAUUUCAAAGGUAAAUCUCUGCCAAGUUUCUCAAUCUCUAGCCACUGCAAUGGGCUUAUUAAAAUUUCAAUCUGCUACAGGCUCUCUUUCUCGCCCCGCAGGAUGAAUGUGCCCUUUUAAUAAUGUAACCGGUUUUAACAAGAUCGUAAAAUGUUCAUCUAACUUUCAUAAGCCCUGUUAGCAAAGUGACAAAUUCAUGUGACGGUAGGAAACACUCUGGCUGACUGUCGGUUUUUAGAAAUGAGUACAAAUCCUUUUUUUCUGUCCUGUUAGUGCAGCUGCAUGGAGAGCGGAGAGUUGUGCUGUAGUUUACAGCUGCCUGCAGGGGAGGCUGAGCUCGCUGCUGUGUCACCCCUGUGGCUCUAAAAAAGGAGGUUAGUCAUGACGGGGGAGAUUUAGAUUGGCCUUCUGGUAACUGAUAGUGCUCCACUGAACACUCCCAUUCUCCUCUGCCUCAUCUAUUAUGUACAUGAGUUACAAAGGGCUAAAGCCUGAAAACAGCCUUUCAGAUGUGGCCAGAACUGCUGCUGCUUCUGCUGCGUGAUGGCUUUUAUAAUCCAUUUAUAUCUAAUGAGCUCUCUCUGGUUUUACACUCUUUGUAAAAUACAGUUUGUAGUCCGGUGGCGUUGCUUGAACCGGGGAAGGGUCAAGAUGCUGUUUAUGCUAUUUAGCCAGAUUUGUGUGUGCUUCACUGUCUCGAGCAAUGUUGGAGUAAUGUGACCUUCAUAGGGAGAUUAAAAUAUGUUGCAGGCGUGCAUUGAUUUUCGGGCUGGCCUCUGGUAUUUAUGGACUCAGCCAGAGCAUAAAUAUUGAUACUGGCUCUCCUGGAGGAAGAUCUGACUCUGUGUGUUUGUGUGCUCAUGCUCCAGCUGAGAUAAGUAUGAAGAGAUGGUACCUGAUAAAGACCAAUGAUUUGUAGCUCUUGUGUUUUGAUAACCUAAAUCUGCUUGUGACCCAGCAGCAGCUUAAUAAGGUCAUUCCCAUUAUGUGGUAGCUAAUUACAAAGUCUGUCAUAGGAGUCCCCAAGCUGCACUCUCAAGUAAAAGAGCAGUUUAAAGGGAUACUUCACACCAAAACAAGAUUAAAAGCUGUUUCUAUCACCCAGAGAGCUGUUCAGUAACAUUUCAUAAUAGUUUUUGUUAUUUGUCAGCAUUUUUGGCCUUGUUAAGAGUGUCAUUAUCUAUCUUUUUCAAACCGAUCGCUCUCUAAUUUUUGCCUUUUGGUGUUUCCCACAGGAAAGGAGUAAAUUUUGAAAAGAUAAAUUACCUUUUGAGUAGCCAAGGAUACAUAAUUUUACCAUUUCAACCAUGCUUCUUUCUGGUUUUGUGGAAGUUGCUAGUUCAGCAUUUUCCAAAAACCCAGAAAUCAGUGAAGUAGGGUGACCAUUCGUACUCUUUUACCCGGACAUGUCCUCUCUUUGGGGGCUAUCUGGGGGAGUUUAUAAAAUCCUUCAAAUGUCCAAGGUUUUGUAUGGAAGUUUUGAGUUUGUGUCGCGUGGACUUACUGAGUUUGAAGUGCGUGAAAAACACUCGAUCCGACCCAAAAAACUCUCAAAAUUAACUACACACGACUCUGUUAUUCCGCCCCCGCGUAAUCGGGUCCUCUUUUUGGGGAUUCAGAAUAUGGUCACCCUAAGUAAAGUUUGCACUUACCAGUUCUGCUCUUGAGUCUCCUAUGGCAUAGAGUUGCAGCAUUCAAAUCAAAUAGAUACGUUUUGUAAUGAAGAUUUUCAAUAAAAUUGAAUUGUCAGCCAACAUGUUCAAGCUACAUCAGCUGAAUUGUGUGAAAAGUUGCUUGUUUGGAUGGCUGAACUAUUCACUUUUCAAUCUGUCAUCACUACAGCACCAUAUUUUUUAUCAAAAUGUCCCAAAACUUCAGCGCUGAUGGACUCUGGCAGGAACCAGCUGAGUAAAACUGUACAAACAGCAGUAAAGUAGGUUGGUGCUGAACAUGAGACGUCCUGCCUCAAUGAGCGAAUUAACAAGAAGGAUGUUCUAGACGGCUUCUCUCUCGCUCUUUCUCUGAUUACCUGCAGAGCUUGUGUGCAGGUGCUUCACGUGACACAGAAACAAGGUGAAGUUCAUGUGUGAGAAACGCUGCCUGUACUUGAAAACUAACUGAGCCUUGUGAUAAUACAAAACAAUAGUGAUGAUUAAGUGCAUUAUGUUAUCAGCCAGAUGUUAAUUACACUCUUUUUUGUCUCAUGCCUUUUAUCCUUUUCCUUUUGUUUAUCAGAGAUGCAUAUUUGCGGAGGGCUUCGGCGGCUUUAUUUUGACAUCUUUGUGCGAUUAUAAGUCAUCAGGAGGUGUGUGACUUUGUUCAGUCUGGUGCCUUUUAAUUGGAUUGGCGCCUGGGUGGAAUUAAAGGCCAGCUAUGGCUGCCAGCGUUUCUCAUCCAGGCAGAGGGGCUGACUGAUAAGCUGGCCACUCACAGUGUCACAAGAGUUGGGAUCAGCUCUGUCUGUGUCUGGAGUGCAGUUAUUGUAUCCUGCUAUAACCCUCUCUUGCUUCCUUAAAUUGCUCCCGUGUCUCAGCUGGGAAUGCUUGUUCAUCAGAGCGUUUUGUUCAGCGGUUGAGGGUUUUUUUCCUUUUUUUUCCGAGCUCGUUGUUGAAGUUCAGACUCCUGCCUCUUGCUGCUUUUGUAAGUGUGCACUCUUUGGGGUUUUGUUUUAAGGAGGCACUUUGGGAUGAGUAUGAGAGGCAAGUGGUCCUGACAGUGACUUCAAUGACUCCCACAGCUGACAUGACUUUUCGCCCAACGAGUUCACAGAAAGGUUAUUUUCUGGGUCGUUUACUUGGAUUACGUCUCUCCCCCUCUUUUUUUCGCCGUCUUUAUCGCUCUUUGCUGAAAUGAGAACCUCAAAGCUCCGGAAAGUCGUCUGAAUGCGGCGAUUAGACAGAAACAGUGAAAAAAACCUCCUCUGUAAAUUGUAUAUUUUCUCCACAUUCAAAAAAAGACAGCAGGCAGCCAAUCUCUUACUCCCAAAACAGAAUCUAAAUGUAGUGUGUGUGCACACUUUUAGCGUAGUCUGUCUGACAGAGUCUCACAGAGCAAAAUAUGGCACCAAGCCACUUAGCAGGGACUGAAUAUUUUACUCUUGGCCCUCAGAGAGUAAAAACAGAGCAGAAAAUGGCCUGGAGUGAAAAAUACCUGUUUACAUGACCAGAAAAAGCUCUUUCUUACCACUGCUGAAUAAACAAACAGUGUUUUCCCUCUUGAACCUUUAGCUCGUAUUAAUUUAGUGUGUCAGACGUAUUGCUUAUCAGUAGGAGUCUGUGCUGGCGGGUUAUUGGGUGAUUGGAGCGAUCACAGCACACAGUAACUUAAUCAGCAGGCUUGGAUAGCAGCACGGACUUCAGCUGAACUUCCAGAUCAAGUUGCAGACACGCACUGCAAUUUUAAAACUCGGUUAGUCGGUCCAUCUGCCUUCCGCUGGCAUAGACAGACUGGUGGAGACAGAAACCUGCAGCUUGGCUUCUGCCUGUGCGGAUAUGAGGGAACUCGUCUUUAAGGCUUGUGCGGUCUCUGUUUGGGGGAAGGUAAGACCAAGCCAGAAAAGAAGAACCAAAACCAGAGAGUCAGGGGAAAGUUCAGGGACAGGUAGACAGAAUACUGUCUGUUUGAUGUUUCCCAAGCGGGGACAGGUAGUCAAUCUUUGUCGGUCGAAAAUGUCUUUGGAUCAGCCUUGUUUUUUUUUUUAACAAUGAAGCUUCAGAGAAUCCUCAAAUCUGUGAAAAUGAAAAACGAUCUUUUUUAGUAAAGUGUUUUUUAAAUAGAGAUGAAUAUUUCCUCGAUGAAAGGUGCUUUUGAUCAAAAUUCUCUUUGAAAUGUGGUUUGGAUAGUUUGGAUUUUUUUAAAUAUCAGUUUUGAAUUUGUUUGAGUUUCGAAAUAAAUGGAGUUAUAUUUGCAGAAACUCAGUCAGAGGGUGUUAUUGUUUUGAGACAGUCCUUCAGGAAUAUUCCUGUCUGGAGAAGUUUCUAGAAACAAGCAUUAAUACUUUAAGACACAAUCUCCUGGAUAUCAGUCUCACUUAAUUCUUUCUUAUCAUUAGCGCUCAUGAUAUUCAGGAUGUGUUUUGCAUUUUAGUAGAUUUUGUGCUAAUGAGUCGGGCUUCAACAGGAGUCUGGUUUCUCUCUCUGUCAGCAGCAGCUCCUCAUAUUCAUAUUCAGGAUGCUGCACCCGAGGUUAUUUGACUUUUUUUAGGCUAAAGCUUAAUCUUACUUAAUCUUAAAGAUUUUCAGUUAUAUAAAUGUCUGUUAAGCCACUCUCUUUUCCUGAAUGAGUAAACACAAUGGUGGUUGAGUCAGUGGCUCUCAUCUGAAAGUCUCUGCGUUUACAUGUUCGGGGUGAGGAGGUGACAUUCUCAGGUAAAUCCUCGUCACAGGUGUUUGAGUUUCUUCUCAUACUGCAGACUGCUGCUGGUUUGUCUGGACCUUAAUUUCCCUAGAACUCUGCAGUCAUAUUGUAUUGUAUAUAUACUACUGCUGCACAUCGAUGAAGCAUUGCAUGAACUCACAAAUAGACCAAACUCAUAGUAGGUUUAACUUACAUUAUUUUGAUGUAGAUCGAGACUAGGGCUGGGCGAUAUGGCCUCAAAUCAAUAUCAUGAUAUAUUGAUCAGUUCACCUCGAUAAAGAUAAAUGGACGAUAACUACUCCACAAGCUGCUUAACCCCUCCCACAUUAACUUGGUCUACUUCAGCCGCUACAACCUUUGAACCGUCCUCUAUCUCCUCACCUGUCUUUCCCUCUUUGUUACGGACAUCUCUGAUGUAGGACAGCAUCAUGAGACCAUAGCCUACAUACACACAUCCAAAAUUAACUUUCCUUUAUCUAUUUUUUGACACAGAAUAUACCAAUAUGUGCAAAAUGAUGUGAAUUAUUAUCGUAAAUUUCAGAAUCAGUAAAUUUUCGUUUUAUCACCCAGCCCUAUUUGUUUGUCUCUUCCACCGGUUGUGCAUCUGCGUUCUCCUCCCCUAUUCUUGUCUGCGUCCAUGUCGGUCACUCUUCCCUGUGUGCUGGUUAGUUGUAACCAUACAAACACACGCUGUCAGAGCAGCUGACGGGUCUGACCAUACAGACUCCAAACAACCAGAUGACAGUUUGUAAGGUUUACAUACAUGCACUAAACUUAAUUGAAAUUGUGGCCUCUUAUAUGUUUAUGUAAUUUCACCUUCUCAAAUCCCAAAUGCAGUUAGAUAAAUUCUGCAGCACUAGUAUAGAGUAAUCUUCUAUGUAAAAGCUUUUCACUAAAUGAGAGCAACAGCUCACUGUGUCACUGGUUGAUUAAUUUAUGCCUAAUUAACUGUCAGAGCAGUUGUUAAUUGUAGCUCCAACAUACAGAUGAAGUGUUGAAACUUAGAGUAAGGCUACAGCUCAGUUCUCUGAGUCUGUGGUUUCUAUCCUUCUGAACACGUUGUCUCAAAAAAAGCCUGAAGAAAAUCAUCUUUAAAUUUGGCAUAAACCCCUCACGUGGAUCCACAGAUGGACUGAUUACAAUGUGGAGGCCAAAGGUCCUGUUUUUAAAAUUUUUUUAAUCCCUUCGAGAAAAUGACACCAUCUGUGAUCCAUAAGGGGAGGAUUUCUCCGAGCUCCUCCUCUCGUGUAUUUGUUCAGUCUGCUGUCGCCAAAAUGGCUCAACAGAGGAAGAAGACCGUGACGUUCUGUACCUCCUGUUUGGUUUUAAACUUGAUGUAUUUUCUUGUCUGGUUUCAGUUUAGUUUUCAUUGACGCUCAGCUUGAUGUUUUCUGUCAUACAGUGUGAUCCGCUGCGGUGCGUGCAGGCCCGUCUUCAUUACAGUAACACAAACCACCGUUGGAAAGUUACUCAUUAUUAUUAAAACAUUAAGCUCAGGCUUUGGUGUCUGAUGCUCUGAUCAUUCAAUAGGCUGCACUGGAGCUGUGCCCAUGUGUCGUUGCAUAACACCCACAUAGCAUACGGGUAUGCAUUUACCAGCUGGGAGUGUGCCGCCUGCUGUUGCUUGAUAACCGGUGGAUUUGGAUCCUUUUAAAGAGGCAGGCAGGGCGUUCGGCACAUCCUUGCUGCAUUGCUGCCAUAAGCACAGCUUUGGACUUAAAGAAUGCCUCUCCCCUCUUUCUCUCUCUGCACUGAUGAUGACUCACACUCUAACACACCCUGCAGAAAUCUCCCCUCAUGCACCCGAGAGAGAGAGAGAGAGGGAUGUGUUCCUCUGCACAGCUCUAACAAACAUUAUACUGGUUCAUGUGUCCUGAUCUGUCUGCUCCUUUACUGAAAUACCUGGACUCAUCAGUAUUCCCUCCUCUUCCUUGCACGAACCAUACAGCUGGUGUUUUUGAACUACCAGGCCCCUGAGUGUAUUUCGCAUUCAUUCAGGCAGCUGAUUCUCUUAUCUGCAACCAAGGGUCUCUGGGAGUGCAUUUAUAUUCACUGGAUGCGUUUAAUACCUCUUAAAAGUAGCUCAGUACCUGAGAAAGCCAACAUUUGAGGUCGUUAUUUUGAGCAGAUGGAGUCAAGCGUCAGAUCAAAGCAGAGCAAACAAUGCAUCCAGAGAGAGUCUGUGGCAAAGGUGCCAUUUAUAGAUUCUUCUUGUGAUCCUCUCACUGUAGGCCGCCCUCCAGUGAGCGAGCUAACAUUGUGUGACAUUUGCAGUGAUGCUGAAGUCCAGCCUGCACGUGCUGCAGCGCCGUAGGUCCGCUGCCCUCAGGCUUCCGCUUCUCUGGAAAUAGAAAAAGAGCAAAGAGACCGAGCGUGAUUAAUGGCCAUAUAUGUGCAGCAGAAAGCACAACAAGCCUGUCUGCCGCCCUUUCCCAACACACAGCCCCACAGGCUGAAAAUUACAUAACAGAUCUGCAAAGUUGCUCAUGCUGAUUCUUAAUUACUUUGCUUUGUUUACGGUUUGUGACUUGGGCUGCGUGGCGUUGCCUGUCAGGUGGGAUUGUGGUCUCACUGAGACACGGACCCUCUUCGAUUUUAAGAGUUUUUUUUUAACAUCAGGUGUCUCUCCAGUUGCGUGCCCCCAGGUUCUGCUCUCAGGGCUGACUUUAGAAGCUGUGUUUUAUCCCAUCCAGAUUUGACUGACACGCUGCUUUUUUCUAUUAAGGAUGUGCUAUUUUUAGCACACUGUGUCAAAACACAGUUGUCUCACCCUGUGUAUGUAUGUGCUCACUGAAAUAACCUCCCUUCCCCAGAAGGCUCGAGUGGUCUCUUCAGCUACAUGUGCUGUAGCACUGUUUGCCGUGCUUCACACUGCAUGCAGCCCCAUUACGCAACCCUGUGCAUCAGCCGAGGGCCACCGGGCCAGAGUGCAGCCAGCAACCAAUCUCCUCCUUCUUUUCUCUCUCCAUUUAUUUGGUUUAUUUUUCUGUGUCUCUCUCUUCAUCCUCGCCUGUUCUUCUUUUCCUAAACCUUAUGUUUAAAGUCAGGAGAAAGUACGCUGCACUCAGUCGCCCAAAUUACAGCACAGUCUGGUUUUCAGGAGUCUGUAAAAGCUGUGGAUUCUGCUUGCAUGCAGCGCACUUCUCUUUGGGUGUGCUGGAGUGUGAAGGCAGGUCAGACAGGCCAACAGAAGAAGAGAGGAUGAUCUGCCCUUUGUUGUCAGUGGGCUUCCUGUGUGCGCCGUCUCAUCUUAAUGCAAACCAGAGGGUUGUUGUUUUUUCAGAAUUACUGGACCUCUUCACGGAUAGUCCGCCAAACCCUCGCACUUGUUCCAUCUGCCGUAUUAGACUUGGCUGUGCAUCGAAUUCCUUAUGUACCAUGUAGUUUUAAAGACAUGCAACAUGCAGAUCAUGUUACAAUCACUGUGGCUGUCAACUGUUGCUGAGGCAGAUUCUAUUAGAGAGGAGAAGAAGUGAUUUUUCUCAAUGCACACACAAGCAAGAGAGCAUUGUUGAAUGUGGGUUGAUUUAAAUAAUACAAUUAGUACUAAAGCAAACAUGAUUUGUGAGUAUCAAAUAGUUUCAGAGCAAAUGUCUGAUAAUACAGCUGCAGCACUGAUGGUGUAAAUACACGCUGUCAUAAUUGAAAUCAUCUUCUAAUAAGUAAAAGUUCUGAAAUAUUUAUUGAAGCCUUUAAUUAAGUACAAUAAUUACUGCUGCUCGUGAAUUGAUUCAUUUAUUAGCCGACAGAGGAGACUCCACUCUUUUGUAGUAUUUUGGAUUUAAAGCAAAUUUUUUGGGGUGGAUUGUGAAGAGACUGUAUGAUGGGCUUAUUUAGGCUAUGCUCAUGUUGAUUGUCUAGUGAGUUUGGGGAUCAAUUAACCUCGUCCUCUUCUUCUAUAUUCUAUCUAGAUUCAAUCUGAGGAAUCUUAUUCUGCUAAAACAUGGUUAUACAGUCAGAUUUGAUCAUCCGUUGGUGUGAAAUACAGAUUGAUUUAUCAGCUAUUAGACAAAACUAGUCUUUGUCUUACAGUUUUUUUCAGGUUUCUAUCCAAAAGAAAUGCAGUUCUUCUGUUUGACACUACAGGUUUCAUCCCUUUUUUUUUAUAAGUCUAUGGACACCAGUCACAAAUGUAGGUGGAAAUAAGAUGUUAGAGGUUUUAGAUGGUAGAUUGCUUGUUUAAGGUGAUCUCCUUCACUUCUGCUGUCUGCAUGAUAAUGUUUUCAAAAUCUCUAUCGCUAAGUGAAAAGACUACUGACCUACCAGUACACCACAAGAUUUGGCUCCUUCAGUAUUUGAUUUAUGGUUAAAUCGGACAUGUCCUUUAGGUUUUAUGGUGCUUUUUCAGGGGGGACAGGGCUGUUUUAAUACCGGUGCUCUUCUCCCCCGUUUACAAAUACUUGACCAAAACUAUUGACCUCAUCACUUUGUUAUAAGAUGUAGUCUCCAAAGUAGAAACCGUCCUCUCCCAAAGAGUCCGAUGAGUUUUCAAAUCCUAAGAGUUGUUGUAUUAGUACUCUCUGAACCCUAAUUCUGCGUUUUAAGCAGUGUGAACACAGGACUUGAUGGCUGAUAUUACAAGUAAAUUAUGCUUGAUAAAUUAAAAGGACAUUAUGUUCCAUUUGAGUCCACUCAGUGUGUCCAGAGUCUGUCUGCUGUGACUUCUCAGGCUAACCCAACCUCAGAUAUCAACAUUUGGCUGAGACUCUAUUAAGGUGUUAAAUGAGCCAGAAGCAGAUAUUUGAAGAAAUUCGGAGUUUUAAUUAAAUGGAAUGAGAUAUUAGAGAAGUUGUGUUGACCCUGUCACACUCUUUUUAACACUCAAAACCACACACACGCAGACACACACGGGGUCCUAUUUUAUCCUUUCUGUUGCCUUAUUUUCAAAGAGGAAGACAUGCUUUAUGAUAAAACAAUCCACAUGAGAGCAGUGAGCUUCUGAUGUAACCGUAAUCUAGAUGAGAAACGAAGAAUCUCUGCACAUGAAAGUUUGAACCACUGAGCAUGAGGAGGUAAAAAAAAAAAUCCCAAACAGCACUUCUUCAGUUUAACAUCAAAACAUUUGCUUUGUCUGCACAAAUGCCAGGAACUAUUUAGAGCAGCACAACAUCUGCAGAAGAGCUCUCUGAGGAGAGAUGUGAGGAGUGUCCCAGUGUUCAAACAGAAGAAGAAUGGGGCUUAUUUGUGUCCUGGUGGAGAAGCCAUUACUUUAGAUUUAUGCUGUAGGCCUCUUAUGACCCAAUAUAUAGGGCUUAAUAAUGCAGUUUACCCAGCAAGGCCAUCUCAAGUUGUUUCACGUAGCUGUCACUGUAACGACGUUAGGAAAUUCAAGAAUUGAUGCCAAAUAAAUGCAGCGUGAUUAAAACAUUUCAAACAAUCUAAAGUCUCAUUUAUGCUCGCCAUCUGUAUGAAAAUAUAGGCGUCCGUUUCAAACGAUGGUUCCGUCACUGCCCACAUACUUCCAUGUGUCCUUUACAUUGGCAUGGAUGUUAACCAUUACAUCCACCAGGAGGCAGACCGGAGUCAAAGGUUUCUGACAGCGACACACAAAAAGAAUAUAUUUCGCACAGAAACUAAGGCAGCGUUGGAGGAGGCGGCGGUCGCUCAGACCUCUAAAUAACUUGCGGUUGGUGGACAGAGAGUUCUUUCCUCAAGUAGUAUCGAUGAGAGAAAUUGAUGAUUUGCUUCUUCGUUUUUCUGUAGCGAUGCGUAUUGGUUAGUGACAGCAGCAACACUGCCCCCACAGUUUCUGGUGGUACUGCUCCGUCUGGCCCGUAUCCGUAAACUUCAAGGAUACGUGCCGAAAUACGGCCGAAAAGAACGCGUAGCACGGACGGAGAGCUCUGUCCGUAUCCGGAUCUGUCAGUAACGCUGAACAUAAAUGAGCCUUAAAAUAAAGAGUUCAACAUUAAGGUGUAGCUGUAAAACUCCAUCUUCAUAUCAAGCAUUAACUGUGAUCAGCAGACACACACUUGAUUCAGAUGUGUGAAACAAAACAGUAGUGACAGCAAGAUGCAUCCAAGAUUACAUGUUGGACAUAAAACAUCUUGUUAUGUGACUUUUGAUUUAUUAUUCUAGUCCACUUUGUUUUUCAUGCUGCUUCAAUAUUUCCUAGUUUUGUUUGUUCUGCUGCAGUAGCAGAGUAGAACACUUUAGUGAAGAUUCUACCAUGCUGUCUAAUAGUUCAGGGUUUGGACACAGCACAAAAUGAGCCAUCUAUUUGUAGAGCUUCUGCGAAUCAAUACUUUAUCCUUCAACAUUGUGUUUCCCCGUACUCAAGUGUUUUGAUGUUUUCUUAAAUCUGUUGUUUGCUGCUCGUUGAAAUGACACGUCUGUUUGGACUCGUAAAGCGCUGUAGCUGUGUCAUUGUAAGAAGACUCUGAAAAAAAGGCUUUAGAUUAUGUACCAGGAGUCUGAAGCACUGGCUGUGUUCCCUCGAAACCAGUAUCACGCAGCCAGUGCUGAGAGGAGGCAGGUGAAAUUGAGGUUCCUUUUGUUGAACCGCUCUCUCUGGCAUACACUUGUUGUUACAUUGCCCUAAGUCAUGUCUGCUCCCAGUUUCCAGGUAUAUGUUGUCACUUCUGUGGCAGGAGGGUUGUAAUUAAGGUUGCCAUCCAGACACUGAGGUGUUUUUUUUACCGAUGUUGUUUGAUGAAUAUAGGAAGAAUAAUAACCAACCCUCACUGUCUGCCACCCACUCCUCUGAGUCAAUUUCUUCAAAGCAAAAACACAAAAUUGGAGUCCUUUUCUGUCCUGAAGGCUCAAAUUGGAGUUCAUAGUGAUAGAAAUGGAGAGUCCAAUGAUUGACAGGUUGGAGUGUUGUUUUUCUGCUGUUUAUCCUCUCCCCAGUGUGUGGGAAUCAAAGUCCUGACAGCCGCGCUCUGAUUUCUGGAUGAGGACCAGCGAGCAUAUUGACGAUGGAGCCUUGUGCAGCAGCAGCCGUCUACUCAGGGCGGUUGUUUAUAUGCUAAUGCUGGACUCUGUCACUCCUGCGUGACCGACUCACUUUCUGUUAUUCUGCAGGUCGUGCUCAGCAUACUCGAUUUUAAUCUUAACCCUCAUUCAGUUUGACAAAAAUGUCACCUGUGAUGAUCUUUGUCUGGCGCAUCUAUGAAUUUACUUCUAUCUUUAGUGUCCCAGCGAAAGGACUUUGAAUGCAGAAUUUAAUUCACUGUGACUUGUGGGAAGCCACAGGCCUGAAACAAAAUUAGUUUCAGACGUACAGUCCUCAUUUACCCCCGAGUUAAAGGGCUCUCCUCUUUACAAAUAAGUCAUUUGUUCUCAGUCGAGCCUUAGCAGAGACUUCUCCUUCAUUUUCAAAUACUACCAACGGUCUGUGGGUGUAGAUGAGAGCUUGUGUGGGCAUUUUCUGCUCCACUCCAUUUGCCACAGCCCUUGUGUUUUUAUAGCCAAAAUAUAUAUAUACUGUAUAAUACUGACCCAAAUUUAGGACGACCCCAUUUGACAGUUAACUUGUCCUACUAAUUUGAUACUUGACUGCGGUCACAUUGUCUCAUUAUGUCCUCACUAUAGCUUUGAGUGUGUUUGAUCCCAGUUAUAAAGGGUACACCCACUUAAUAGAUAGGUGGCACCAUCACCACCAGAGCAAUUAACUCUGAUGAUAGUCAUGCAAAUACAUACAAACAUUGAAUCAUACUCAUGCCAGAAUCAGCAUUUCACAAACUCUAAGACUGUUUACUGAACAUUAACUUUACAUUUUAAGUGUAGUACUCAUAAAAACGUGAAUUUUAACAUGAAGAUGAAAAUAAUUCAUACAUAAAUAGGACAGAAAAAAACAGACCAGCUGGUUCUGGCACUCAUUGUUUGUGCGUGUGUUGUCUGUUGUCUCUCGUCUGUUUGUCUUUGCUUUUCUAACAGAUUUUUUUGCAAAAAUAACGACGAUAAUCGAGCUGAAUCAAAUAUGCAAAAGCUGUUGUUAUUUAGUUUUUCCAUCUGACCACUUGUUUGAUUUGGCACUUGGACGCGGCGGACAGCGAGUCCCCGUUCAGGUAAUGACCAGUAAUUGAGCGUCCUGUUAAUUGGCAGUGAUGGGCCGAGAGUCCCUCCCAGAUGGGAGGUAAAGGCUUCUGUUUCUGCCACGAUUGAGCCAGACUCCUGUGAGGGUGAGAGCCUCACUCUUUAUCUCCUCCUGGGCACCACCUGUCUCCCAUUACUGGACACAGGAUCUCUUCACCACCAUCCCAAUGUGAAAACUCCUCACAUCUUACUCAGUCUCAUUUUACUGCGAGGCCAAAAGCCAAGUCUGACACCUCAUAACAGUCAUUUCACAGACGGACAUCAUUUCCAACGUAGACGAUUUAGAGCAGCUGAUCCUCCAGACCAGACAGAGGAUGACCUUCCUCUCCAUUUUCAUCUUUCUCUGGUAUUAGAGAUCCAUUAAUGGACACCUCUGUGGGGCCGUGCUGACAGCAGCUCCUGGCAAGCAUCAAGGACUGGGCAGAAGGAGGGAAGUUUAAGCCUGAUGCUCAGCUGAUGAUAGAGGGAAACGACUUCCUCUCUGCCUUAAAUUAGAAAAAAAAAAAUCCAGUCUGAAAACACAGGCAAGCUUGUGUGUGUGCUUACAGCAGGAUUACACAACCUGUAUUUCAGCAGCUCUAACUUUGCUCUCCUUUGUCAAAGGAUACAAAAGUUAUGGGGCUCUCAUUAUAUUGGUUUUGCAAUCUGGAGAGCAGACUAAUUGGUCACCAGCUGUUGAAAUGUAGCUAAUGAACAUUAAGGCAGUGGAGAACGGUUCCCUGCUUCGCAUACAGCUCCUCCCUGCAGGAUGGAGCAGCAUAUGUCUGUGGCUCUGGCCCAGGAUCAAAGCGGGAGACGAGCCACCUCAGCUGGUGACGGCACCUUCGCCUGUAACAGUCUGAGCAUUAACUAUAUGGGGCAGGAAGACGGAUAAAAUAGAACCAGUCAGUGUUUAAUUUGCAUGAUAAGGCUUUUUUUUAAACUAUCAGAGUUCUUCCUGGUUGCCAAACACAGUCUAUCUGGCAACGAGCUGAAAUAUAUACCUGAAAUUCCCCUUUGGAUCAAUAAAGCAUCUAUCUGUUUACUCAAGUCUGCUGUGCCAAUGUUAUCAAUAAAGAAGCAUCAACUCAGAGACACAGAGGGUUAUCCAAUAUGUACGAGUGCUCCUGUGAUUGAUCAUUUAUUUCAGGACUGACAGGUGAAGAUACAAAUAUUGGACAUAACCCAAAGCUAAACAGCUCAGUGUUUGCCAAAAGCUGCACUCCUGUGUUUCUGAAAUAUCACGGUGUAUCUAUACCACAUAAUUAUCCAUCUCAAUCCUUCUCAACAUUUCAUGGGUCACUGAUUUUGCAUCAGCUGUGCCAUCAGGAUAACACUGGAUAAGAACAAAUAGGACAGCAUGUAAUAUUUCGUGCUUUAAUCAGCUUAUCCGGUUAGGGCCUACAAACAAGCGGACAAACAAGCAGCCCGGUUCGAUGUGAAUUAAUUUGAUCGUGGCAGGUCUGUAAGAUUCUCCGUCUCUGUCGGCUCUCCAGUGAGAGCCACAGAUGUGAGAGCACAACUCCCUGUAGACACAAAGUGAGUGAUUCUGGCAAAGUCACGGCUGCAUGAAAGGAAAGACGACUCCUCACUUUACUUAAGAUAGUGUAUAUAUAGAAAAAUAUAUAUGUUGUUUUUUCUGUCUUUGUUCAGAUCUGUAAAAUUUAUCCUGCUAGUGAUAUUUAAGAAAUUAUAGCAUGUAGAUUUAUACUAAAUUUUAAGUAUAUUGAAUACCUGUCAGACAACAUUUGAUAAUAAAUAGUGCCGAAUUUAGGUGCUUUUAUUUUGAAAAGGUGAUGGCAACGUCACCCCUGGGAGAUCCAAAAUUGCAUAAAUCGCAUUAAAUAAUUGGUCUCAUCUCAGAUCCAUUUCAUUAGAGGUUCAUUUACCUUGACUGGUAAAUGAAUGUAAAUUAUCACACAUCUGUACUAAUUGGAUAAGAUUUAAAAAUGUAUAAAUUAUCCCACAUCUCUAAGAUUAGAAUAUAGUUCAGUGAUUUUUUUUAGCUUUGACAACAGUGGGAACAACAGGGAGCCAGUUAAUAGAUCUCUUAAUAAAUGAUCAUAACAGACAAAAAUGAGGAAAGCACUUUUGUUUUCAUGUUUACAGAUGAGUCAGAGGUUCACAUUUAACCCAAGAUAACUAUUGGAACAACUUUUCUAUUUGAAUCACUUAAUUACAGUCUGCCGUGCCAAGUCCUGCUCUCUCACUGUGCCGGUUUCUGCUGCCAACAGGCUGCUUAUAAGAAUUAAAAGUGGCCUCUACAGUUUUUAUUGUGUCUGCUGCGCCCAACAAGUACCUUGAUUUUCAGUGUGUGUGCAGUUAUCUGGUAUUAGUGGGUCUGGCUUCAUUUGCACUUGUGUUUGCUGCCCUGCUCGGUCUCUAAUGUUGACACUCCCUCCUGAGGGUUCAGUUCUCAGUCUGAGGACAGGCCAUCAGAGCUCAUCUACCUACACAGCUACAGGCUGCUAACAUGAGACUGAGCCGGCUGUGUCACAGUCCUGUGUAUCUGCCAUCUGGGCUCUUCAAUCAGUCCAACUGAGUCAUCUCCUGCAUGUUUCAGAAUUUGUCAAGCCCUGUUUACUAAUUUAAAGAUAUUUAUUCGAGUAAUUAUCCUGGUGCUAAACUCUGAGUUUGUACCUUUAAGGAUUAAGGAUGUUUGUGUCUACAGGAAACCUUAGCUGUGAGAUGAGCCUCGUUCUGUAGUGAUUCAUGGACGGUACUGACCAUCUUUUUCUGAAAUAGCAGCUUGAGGGAUAUUUUGGUCACUACAGCAUUCGUUUUUUCAUGCUUGCUAGUUUAUUUAUACUUUGCAGUAUUUGUCCAAGUAGGAUUGCGUUGCUCUUACUGCAAAGCUGGCCAAAAGGGAUGGAUUUUGCACAGACUGUUCAGAAAAAAAAAAAGAUUUUUUGAAGUGUUUUUCCUGGUAGUCAUCGAAGAAAUGAGCUCCUUCUGAGAAAGUGCCUUGGAUUAGGAAAUGAAGGUCAUUUUAUUGACUGGGAGACGAGAUCUGUUUCUCUUCUCUAUGACAAAUGCCAUCAUACAAAAACAUGUUGGAGGAUUAUAUGAAGUGCAAUACACAUUAUACUGUCUCAAGAUAUAUCUGCAUUAGGGCUGAAACGAUUACUCGAGUAACUCGAGUAACUCGAUUAAUAAAAUUCCUCGAGGCAAAUUAUAUGCCUCGAGGAAUCGUGCUCUUUCCGCUCCUUCCGCUGCCGCGCGUUUGGUUCAAUCAUGGAGGGAAACGAGGACAGACAGAAGCUGUGUCCGAAAUGGCAUACUGCCUGCUAUCUACUUACCUACUCAAGCAGUAGCUACUGCCUACUGACUACUCAAAGAUGAUUUGAGUAUGCCGCGGCUGCCCGAGCGUUUACACACGUACAUACUAAAUACCCCAGAAUGCAUUUCGUGCCGGCCGGACGCAGCGCCGGGAAAAUUUAAAUAGUCCUACCACAAGCUACAUAGAACGACUGCAUACCGGACAAAUUAUAUAAAUUCAUUCAAUAAUAAUAUUUUUUCUAGCGAGAAAGUAAGUGUUUACAUCACGAUUAUGAGCCCAGUUGUUUGAAAUAGUGGCUGUUUGUAAAUUUGUCUCGGCGUUUUCGGAGACCGAAGCGUCCACUUGGUCGGUGUUUGCGUCUAUUUACCGUAAACACCGGGCAGCAGCAGCUCCCCCUUCACGUUUCCAAAUUAUUGCGAAGUGUUUUCAUAAUCAACAUCUACACGACACAAACCGGGCGGCAGUGGAUGAAAAAAAUCACACAAACAUCCGUGUAUCCAUGGUGAUAAUGCUAUACACCACCUGCUAGGCGUGUGAUGAGCAGCACAGGGCUGCAAAAUGACCAACACACAACAACAUGUAAAUAAAAAUGUAACACUUUUAUAUAUUGAAUAAAUGUACAUUUGCUUGUCAAAUUAUGUUAGUAUCCAAGAAUUAUAUUAUUUCAGCCUAUUAAUUAAACAAGUAAAAUUAGAUCCAAAGCCUGGAAAUAGUUGUGACUGGUUUAGUGAAAACUGCAAAGAUCAUUACCAUAGCAAUUAAAAGACCAUCUGCAGACCUUGCCUUCAGUAGUUUCAUGUGAACUACAUGGUAAAAUGUAAAACUUUUGGUUCCUGAUUUAUGCAGUAAAAAUAUUCAUUUGAAAGACCUGGCCUAUUUCAGUUUUGUGUGUUACUGAUGGUUUUUAAUGAGGCAAACGUGAUUCAAUGCAAAGUAUUACAGUGAGAGCAAAACAUUUCUUAUCCGAUUACUCGAUUAAUCGACAGAUUAAUCGAUAGAGUACUCGAUUACUAAAAUAAUCGAUAGCUGCAGCCCUAAUCUGCAUUAUUUCAAAACAAUGCAAAAUAAAAAUAUUGAGUUUGCUAAGACCCACCUUAAAAGUCCAGUUUCUCCCACACAUAAAUGAUACCUGAGAAAAAUAUUUUCAGCCGCCCAAGUGUGAAAGUGUUACCACCAACCAGUAUAAGAUUUGUUCUUGCUAGGGCUGGGCGAUAUGUCCUCAAAUCAGUAUCACAAUGUAUUGAGCAGUUCACCUUGAUAACGAUAAACGGAUGAUAACUACUUCACAAGCUGCUCAUCCCCUACCACAUAACUGCGAUAUGGGCAAAAUGAUGUUGGUUAUUGUUGUAAGUUUCAGUAUCAGUAAAUUUUUGGUUUAUCACCCAGCCCUAGUUCUUUCUUUUAAGUAUUUUUAUUGAUAAUGGUAUAACAUCUGCUGUCACUCUCCACCCCUGACAACUGAUAACCUGCAGUAACUGUGACAUGCUCAAGAGAGAUGUCUGUGAUUGAGUCUGUUAAUGCACUGACUGAGGACCUACAUUUCAUGAUAAAUUUGAACCUUCUCACACCGCUGUUAGAAAACUUAUGCACAGCUGCUCCUGUCAUACUUCACAGUUUUCAUACGUCAAUAUCGAGCCUUGUUCACAUCAGGGCUGUCAAUUUUUCAAAAAUCAACUUCAGAUGAAUUUCAAACAUGAAGAGCAAAUGUUCAGAUAUGCUCCAAGUUUUUACUCUAAUCAGAGAUGGCCUUGAACGGUUGCCAUUGUGCCGCUCAGUGCUGGUGCCUCCUCCUUCACCACUUUGCUUCAUCAACGGCAGCUUUGUACGAAGUUGACAUCCAGUUCUACCUUUGCCUUUUAUUUUUCCAUCCUCGGUGUUGUGAUUGUCCGCUUAGUGCAGCUUUGCUUGACCAUGUCCUCCAUUUUUGUCGAAUAACAUUACUGUAUUAGUUGACCGAGGUCAAGAGUGCACGGAUUGGCCAGGUUACCAUGUGAGUGCUCUCUGCUGGAUUAUAUGGCAAGCUACUUAAGGUGGCCUGAUUCUCUGGUAUACUGUAUUAUUAUGAGUUUGAACGGCUCAGUACAGUCUGAAUAUGAACUUUUACCCCGAACUUCAAAUGAAGAUCUAAAAAAAAAGAUGUUUUGGGGCCUUUUUAGGCUUUUAUUGUUCAAUGGAGGAGGGUGGAUAAAACAUACUAUUUCCAAGAUCAUACCAGUGCGUUUGAAGAAUUUCACAAACACACAACUGUUUGUUUUUUGCACAUUUUUGAGUAAAUACUGAGAUAUUAUUUGGGUGACCUCUGCCUCGUCCACUUCUUUCACACAGAGCAUUCAGCCCAAGUGUGACUUUGCGACUCUGACAGCUUUAAACUCUCAAGCUCUGUCGCUUUCAGCUUUCUAUUGUGUCCGCAAACACUGCUGCGCUCUACAGUUUGUAAUGAAAAAGAAUAAAACACCGGAUUAACAACACAGUACUUCAUCUUUGUGGUGAAGGGAGUAAAUCCCCAAAGUUUACAGUCCACAUAAAUAUAAAAUAACUUCCUGCCCACACACACACAUAAUGCACCACCCAGCAGUGUGUAAUGUGCGCCUGAUGUUUUGGUUUUCUCCAGACAACAGUCACAAUAAAAGAUCCCUGUUUACGAGGGCAGUCUUUUGUUACAAGGCGUUUAGUGUGUGGCCAUGAGAGAUAGGGGUUACCAUGUGAACUGUCUGCAGGAGCCUCGGCCAGCAAAUGCAGCUGGGGAUGAGUAAGCCCCCGUGUCUGAGUGGGCAGCAGCAGCAGUGGGCUCCCAACAUUUGCUCGGUUGCAGCAGUAAUCAUCAGAUGUUCUCAGUGGACCUUAAGUCAGCGAAAUGGUUUCAGCUGCCGAAACAACAAGAAAAUAAAACCUGUUUACUCCCUCAUCAUAGGCUAAUGCCUCCAUAAUACACUACCCUGUUAUAGGGAUAUGCAGAGAUCCCACAGCAUUGAACAGCCCCUUCCUUAAGGUGUCUGUUGAGACUGCAUGAGUCAUUGUUUAGUUUCCAGUACGGCAAAAAAUCUCAUCUGACAUCUUUGUGUGAGUGCGGUGGGAUUAUCAGAUUUACAGUCCUCUCUCUGGAGCCUUGCUCGUUGAAAUUAGCCCCCCAUCUCAACAACCAAACAUUUUAUCGUAGAGCUCAGUCUGUCCUCGCUUCUGACACUCUCCUUUCUUUGUAGCCCCUGUGAUGUUGGCCUGUUCUCAUACCCCCUUUUCUAUCAUUCAUCAUCAUUCAUUCUCUUCUUCCUCGCCUCGCCCACAGUAUUCCCCCUCCUCACACUUCCCUCCCUCCGUGCUCUUCAGUUGUAGCCUGUGAGACUCAGAAGACAUCAGCAGGCAGGUAGUGUAGCGUUCAGUGGCUCAGUGAGGUCAGACCCCGGUGAUAGUGGCAGCUUCAUUUCUGAUUCUGCAGCGUGCCGAUGCUUGUGAAUCCUGGUGGGGAGAUAGAGUGUUUGAGAGAGAGAGGAAGUAGAAUUAGUCCAGGCUACUCCUUUUGCCUCUGCUGCAUGAUGUUUAAUAUGCCUGAUAGCGGGCGCCUCGCUGAGGUCUUAUACCCCGGACAAAAUGCUGCAGAGCUGAGGAGCUUAGACCAUAAAUCCCGCCUCGAUCCCAUUUUUCAUUUUACCCAUUCUCCCCUCUUAUCCUUUGUAUUCAUAUCUCGGCCUCUAUGCCUGACAUAUCUCACUCAUGAUCGCAGGUUCAUCCACUCUAACUCUCUCUUCACUCCGCUGCUCUUUCCCCUCAGCACUUAAGAUCAUUUCUUUCUCUAUUGCUCUGCAUGUGUGUGGUGACCUCCUGUAAAUCUGUGAUUCAGCAGUCACUCUGCAUGUUUUAAUUCAUACACACGCAUGCAGAAAAAAGCAUGUACUCAUAAACACACUUGCAGGAGGUAGAGGAGUACAGUAUUAGGGGAGUGCAAGCAUCUGUGCCUGCACACACAGAGUUAAGCUGUGGAGGUUAUGUAACUUACUCUGCCAUUUCAAAUGAUUUAAAAUCACAAGCACUUGCUGUGAUGGACUAGACCAGUGUGUGUGUCUGGACUUACAUUAUGUGUAUUGUUCUAUACUGUAUGGUGCUGCUGGUGCUUGGGUGUCGGGUAACAAAGGGGGGAAGCUUUUAAUAAAGACCCCGGCAACUCUCAGCAGUGGUAGUCUUUCCUCCAACUGUCCUAAUGACUGUUUCUUCUGCUGCAGCUCGGCUGAGUAGAGGAAGCAAACCUCAAUAACAAGAACUAUGUGGCAAGACUACACAUAUAUAUAUAUAUAUCUUUGGGAGUGCGAGUGACAUUUUGAGAAGCAACAAAUUAGCUGUUAAGCCGGAGUCUGUGCUCUUGUUAAAGGUGAUGUACAGUUUGUUUUUGUGAGCAGAACUACUCCCGAUAAAAAGUCAAGUGCGUUUUCUCUUUUGGGUGGCCGUCAUUUUUAAGAAAACUCGGCUCUGCUGAAUUGUACCACGAUGUGUGGCUGCGUAUCUCUCUUAAAGGAUUAGCAUACAGUAGUAGCAUAAUUAGCUGUGAAGGUAACCUAAAAGAUUUUGUGAAAAGAACAGAGGCUGCUUUAAAACUCCCCCCGGAGCAAGUCUUACUCCUGUGCAUUUCUGUCUAUGUUUGAUAUCUCCAUCAGAUAUCUGCUUGCAUAGAAUCGCCCCCCAGAAGAAAACGUGUGCAGAUUUUUUGCUCAGCCAUAGGCAGGAUUAUUACCCAUCAUUACGCAUCAUGCAUAUUCAAAACAACUGGGGAUGAAAGACUGAGAGCUAAAGAGACAGAGGGAGAGGGAGAGAGAGUAAUGAGGUUACCCCUGCUUGCCAAAGAUUAUGCAUAGAGCUUUCCCAACUACAAAAGAUCAGAAGACUGAACGCUUAGACGAGGACGGGGAAAGCCUUUCCUGUUAAUUAGUCAUUGCAGAGAGAAUUCUAUAGUAUGUGAACCCGGUGUCUUCAAGACGUUGCUUUGCAUUUAGCUCACAAUGGAGAGUCAGCAACAGUAAAAAUAGAUGAGGUGAAGCUUUCAUGCUCCACAUGUUGAUGUUGUGGUCUCAGAGGGGAGCUCUCCGUGGUGCUGAGCACCAGGAUGGCUGUGUACCGACUGAGCUCACAGCUGAGGCUGCUGGCAUGUUUUCACUGCUUGUGUUGCUUUGCAAAAACCUUUUCUAGCAUCUGUAGCAUAAAUUAGUGCUGGUGAAGCAGAGUGUUAAUUUGGCAGCAGUUUGGGGUUUUAUCUUAGUCUUCAAUCACAAUGAUUAAAUUAGUUUUAGACACAUUUUAGACUUUUUUUGCUCUCUAUACUAGGGGUGUCCAGAUACAACUUUUUUUACUUCCAAUACGAUACCAAUAUUGCAGCCUUCAGUAUCGGCCAAUAUUGAUAUUGAUUCAGUAUUACAUUCUUUUUCAGACUUUAACAAAAGAUACCGCCACAUGGCCAACAUCACUCCUACUCCUCUCUACUUUGUUAAUACCUUAGUACACACUGUUGUUGUGAUUAUGUGGGCUCUGUGUGCUGGAUCAGGGUGCUGCUAGAUAGAAGUACUGAAGCGGAGUCUGAAAUGGACUGCUUGUAUCGGAGUGCUGAUAAUGGAGGUUUUAGAUGUAGGCCGAUAUAAUCUGAUAUUUGUCUUUUUGCUGAUAUCGGACCGAUAUCAAUAUCGUAUCGGGACACCCCUACUCUAUAAUUGUAGUCUACUUUAAAUGGACUGCUCAAACUGUUUGACUCUAGUUUGAUUCAAUAAAAAGUUUAAACAUUUAAGAUAUUAAUUUUACUUAAAAAACGGAUUCGAUUAGCCCGUGAGUAAUGUAAUAUAUUUUUAUUUGUAAAGACCUUGUUUUUGUUAAAGAAAAGAAGGACAUUUAGAGACAUUUGUCAUCAUAAUUUUCAUGAACGAUUUGUUAACGCUGUUAAAGUGAAUGAUAUUCAGCAGUCAAAGCAGGUCUCUUUUUUUUACUGUUUCCUGUUUUUUUCCCUUAUUAAAAGUAGAAAAGCAACUUGCAGCAAACAGCCUCUUUUUGGGGUGCAUAAUGGGAGUGUAUAUGUAAAAAUCCAUCUGAUCAAUAUUGUGAAAUUGUACAGGGUAGGUGGAAAAUACUACCCGCUUGGUUGCUCAAGAAAGAAACAAAAAAACCAAGUCAGCAGAAAAUAUCAUGGCAAUCAAUUCGAUCAUGUGUCAGAUAUUUCACUGGUGGACUGGUCUGGCUCUCCAGCAGAACCAUGUGGACAUCCUCACAGCCAUGCGGCUGGUAUAGCUAACAAUCCAACAAAUGUGUUAAAUGUUAAUGAAAAAGUAAAAGGGCUUAAAGAAGUACUUACUUUGAUUAAUGAUAAUGAAUCAGUGACUGAUUAGAUAGAGUCAAAGGUCACAUAUUCAUUUUCAGAGUCAUUCAUUUCCCAACCUACAGUCUGAUUCUGUAAAAUAAAGCUGCAGUAAAUUGAUACAGAAUGGAAAAUCAACAAAUACUCAUAUUUUGGAUGCUGGAAUUCAUCGCUAAUUACCGACGAUUUGUCAGUUCUCUAAAUUACGGUUAAUCAUCUCUCUUGAAUGGCUUGUAUGUUAAUCACCAAACAGAAGCUGUGAUUAGAAGAUGAAACAUUCUGCCAUUCAACAGAAUAAAGUCCUGCUGCAUGUAGUCAACCAUAAAGGUAAUAUAUGCUGCUGUGAACGCAUCCCUCCUGCAUACAUUUGCAUCAGUGCCAGCGAGGUGAGAAUUCAAGACCAAGCUUAAGGGGAUGGUCCUCCUCAUCUGUCUUCAUCUGCUGUGCAGUAAACGCCUCUUCACUUAAACAGGAGCUCAUUACUCACAGUGGCAGCCAUUUGAAUCUUUUAUCAGAGGGAUUUUUAAUUGAACAUUGGCAAAUGUGCUCCAAACAAAUGGGCCUCAGCAAAGCCUGAGAGCAGAGCGUGCGCGUGCGUGUGUGUGUGUGUGUCUGAUAUGUGUUUGUGUAUGUGUGUCUGAUGUGUGUGUGUGUUGCUGUCUUGUUCUCAAAAUUGUACACAUUUGAUACCAGCCCACGUAAGAGAUGAUGAGCUGUCUGCGGGGGUUCUUCUAUAAUUUUCUCAAAGGAAGUCUGUCAUUAUCAACAUGGUAUUAUUGUAUAAUGUUCAAGCACAGACUUUUCUCUCUCAUUUAUAGAGAUAUCUAAAUACCUUAUUCAACUUCUGCUUUAUGUAGGGCCGGGCAAGAAACUGAAAAUUUACAGAUUCUGAAAUUUACGACAAUAACGACAAUCAUUUGAAAUAAAUAAAUGAAUAAAAGUUAUCCCAUCCAGUCCAUAACAAAGAGGGAAAGACAGGUGAGGAGAUGGAGGACGGUUCAAAAGUUGGAGCAGCUGAAGUAGGUGAAAUUAAUGUGGGAGGGGGUGAGCAGCCUGUGGAGUAGUUAUCGACCAUUUAUCGUUAUCGAGGUGAACUGAUCAAUAUAUCAUGAUAUUGAUUUGAGGACAUAUCACCCAGCCCUAGCUUAUUCUUCUGUUAACUUAUGUUGAAGGUGUUGGACACUUAACAGAAACUUCAGGAACAAACAUUUUCACAAUUAUUAUCAUUCCUAGCUUUAGAAGAAAAACACUUGUAUAAAUCAUCAAAGACUGGAUAAUAUUUAAUUAAUCUGUAGCUGAGAUGAUUCUCAAAUAACUGGAAGAAAUUUAAAAAAAAAUUGAGGCAAAUUCCUGCUAUGAAACAACUAUUAAAUGUAAGCUCUGAAGGUACAUUAAAAUUCUAGAGUAAUAAAUUAAACUGUUUAUAUAAGUGUGCCUUUAGAGACACACUGUCAGCGCCAACCUGCUGCACUGUGAUGGAAAGGGAAAAUUAAAUCUCUGUUAAUAUAAUCAUUUACCAGUGUUGAAGAUGUCCAAACAGUCCACUGUAUGUUUUACUUGUUCUAAUAGUCAUGAAAUACUGCAGCUGUCUUAUGAGUCAUAGAGAUAAAAAACACUCUGUUUUCAUGACUAGUAUUUCUGUGUUUAUUCUCAUGUAAAGCCAACUCAAGCAGCAGAGUCCGCCUUAUCUCUCAGUGUGAGGAAAAUUUCCUCUAAAAUUCAUCCUGAUACGAAUGCCGAUAGGAGUCUUCAUGUCUUCACUAUUUACUUCAACUUUUACUUUAUUCAAUCGUCAAAAAGAUACCAUAUUCCUGUGUGCAAUUUGAGUUUAUUGGUAUCUUGUAAGUACAUUUAGUGAACUUUUUAUUGUAACUGCAGUAGGGGCAAAAAUACAUGUAAUAAAAAUAAAGCCUUCUUAUAAGAUGACCUAAAUGAAUCAGUUAAAUGUAGACCAUUAACUAAACAAUUGUAAACUGUCCGGUCAAGAAGUUGACCCGACUAUAUUCCUGGACAACUUCAGUGAUGAUAAACUUAUUGAACAAACCUCAAAUGGUAGAAAACACUUCUCACAUUUCUUUUCUGCAUAUAUUUAUUUAAUUUUAAGUUUUUUUCUGGGACGUGUCGCCUUUGUUGGAUAGAUGCAGACCCUAACUGCUGGGUUAAUCUACCUUCAUCCUCAUUAUAGAAUCCCAGCCUCAGUCAGCUUCUAUGUCCCUCGUCUGUACAUGUGUGUGAACGUUAAGUCCUUGAAAGGAUAAAAGUUGAACAUGUACAAACAACAUGAGCAGGAUCACUGGUGGAGAUAACAGAUAAGAGGUCAAAGAUUUAAUCAGACCAACUGUCGGUUGCCCUCGGUGAAACGCCUCCGGGUCGUAGAGCUUGAAAGGGUCGAAUCUUUUUCCUCCUCCUUCCGCCCAUCCCAUUCUCUGACCUUACCGCUCGCUCGCUCGCUGUCUCAUUAAAUAUUGUUGGUACUCGUGAGGUCAAGAGGGGGGUUAGGCUGAUGUAGCAGAGCAAACAAGUUUUCCAUCUGAAUGGACUCCAAUAUGUAUCUAAAGUCAAACCGAGCUGUGAGCAUCGAUGUCAUGAAGUGCACAUUCAUGCGUUCUCACAUGCAGCAUGUAGUGUUGUGUACUGUGGGCUUCUGGUGGCUUUACUGAUGCUUAUUUUAGUUCUGCCUGGUGACACGUGGUGCCAUGCUUCCACAUUGUGUGUGUGUGUGUGUGUGCAUGUGGAGCAUACACUGACAGAUACAAUCCUGUUUAACUCUAUACACACUAAUCUUGGAACAUCCAGCUGCACUUUUCACUCCCACCCAUAGCUGAAUGUUGGACGUACACUGAGUGAGAACGAGUUCAUGCUGCUGAUAUAAAGAGGAUCUGGUGGGUGAUGUAACUCUCUGAUGUAGUCUCUACUGUAAGAGCUGUGCAAUAGUUGGCUAUGCAUUCAAUAACUGCCAAUAAAAAUGAUGUUUUUCUGAUGGUGGUAAACAAAGAUAAAAUAAUAGCCUACACUGCCUUGGUGAAGAUCUAAUUUCAGCCGAACACCACAAAUAAACUCAUGAAGUUCUUCCCUCCUGAAAUUGUGGCAUUGUUUAGUCAUAUUUUGGCUUUAAUCUCAUAUUGUCAAGACAGCUGAACUUCUUUUCUUUGUAAUUGCAGCUAACACAGAAUUCAGCUGUCAGCUCUGUUAAACGGCUGCCUGAUGGAAACAUUACAGGCUUUCAGAAACCUCAGGAGGGAACAUGAGGUGUCAGCAAGUCACUACUUGAACCUUUUCUAAUUACAGACUGACAGAAUGCGGACCGUAGUUCAUUUGCAAACACAGCUAACACUUCAAGUUUGAUGGGUUUAUUCAUUUACAUAAAAAAGGCAGGAUGAAACUGAAUAAAGAGACUUUUAGAUGAGUUUGAGAACGGCUCAGGUAAAAUUGAUCAAAUGGAUUGCAUUCCAUUUAGAAGAGUCAGUGCCACUGCUAAGCUGUAGUGCAUUAGCGGACUGUAACUCACAAAUGAAACAGAGCCGUGGUUCUGUUCAUUAUCUGCACCUGUGGCUUUCAGCUUCUGCGGAUGAUUGUUGAAACUCUUUGUCUUCACUUUAUUAGUAACACCUGCGCUUCACCUGCUGCUGUAUAUUCAUUUAAGGCGCAUCUGAAGAAUGGAGAUAGAAGAGAGAUAAAAGGAUAGAGAGAUAUUCCCUUAUUGGUCGGGUGCUAAAUGUCUGACUAAUAUCUUUUACCCUAUUAGUAGUAUGUACAAUAUCCUAUAUAUAUAUAACUAUUAACAUCAUAGCUUUAAUUAGGGCUGGGAGAUAUGGGAAAAAGUUUAUCAUGAUAUUAUUUUUUCACAUCAGUCGGUAUCAUUGUGUAUCAUGAUAUAAAAAAAUCACUUGUCAAAUUUAAAUAUUCCCCGUUAUUCAUAAAUAAAAUUCAACAUGUACUCCACAUAAUUUGCAGUACACAUUACUUCAUGUAUUACUACACAUUACUUCUGUAUCUCUGCCGGGAGUAGCACUCAUUUUCUUUGUUUCUCACCAACAGUGCUGUCGGCUUCACCUGUUAAAAUGCUAUGGUUGUGUGUAGCUGCUGUCUGCUACUACGCAGUUGUUUGAUACUUUUUUCUAAUUCGGCACAUGAUUGGUUCAGCGUGGUGCGGACUCAGAGCAACUCCCCUUUUCACUGGUUAUUCGUAUAGUCUACCAAAACAUGGCAGAAUGAUGAGUAUCGAAAAGCAUAUUGAUGAUGUUUCAUAUCCAUGAUAUCGAGAGAAACUAAUUUUUGAUAUAUAUCAUUAUCGUUUUAUCGCCCAGCCGAACGUUUAGUUUAAUUUAUUUUGGCCAGAUUUAUUAUACAAGACAUACCUGAUCUCACACUGUCUGGAAAUCAUACCAUCUUUGAUUGUACAUGUUCUUAUAGAUAUAUAUAUAUGGCAUACCAAAAGAAACCGCACUGAGAAAAAGGGAAGCUCAUCCGAAAGUGCCUAACCCAGCAACUGUGACAAACAGCUGCUCGUCUCAUCUCACCUGUUGUAGGUGAGGUAGUUCGCAUUCAAACAGCAGUGAUAGGUUAACAAUGCUCAGUGUCAACAUCAGCAGAAUGACAGUUUUCUUUGUAUUAGAUCUUGAAGAAUUGUAACAGAUCACUUUGUUAGUAUAAAAAUAAAUGUCACCAUUUAUUAAAUUAUCAUUUUUGCUCUGAUACAUGUCGUAAAACUUGGUUCCUCAGGAUUACUCUGCCCCUUUUUUAUCAUAACUUGGUUAUUUCACAUAUUUCAUUUUGUUCCUGGAGGAAAAAUAAGUCAUACACCCUCAACAUCUGAACCUUAGACUCCUCUCAGUCCACAGUCUAUUUAUUCUGACAGCAAAAAUGUUUUGUAAUAUCUAUUAGAUAACACCUCUAAGUCUCUCAGUGUCUCUGUUGCACAAGCAACACAAGAUCCACAUGAAUGCGCAGCACACAUACGUACAUACGUUCACACACACUAAAAUACUACUGCUGAGCAAUGAGUUGUUAUCCAGCCUCCUCUCUAUCUGUCUGCUUUUCACUUCUCUGAGGAAGCUCGUGUUCCUGACAAACCAUCGCAGCUGUCCUCUACCUUUUUUUCUCUCUCUUCCCAGGAGACUGAGAUCAGCACCAGAAGGAAGGAGUGCGAAGCACUUGAGGCAGAGGUGAAGAAAAGGAAUCAAACAUGUCAGACUUUGGUAAGUGCUCCAAAAAUAUACCCCGGCCUCCGAGCGAAAGGAUGGAGGCUCAAAUUGAUUUGUACCUGAGAGCCUGGCCUGCUAUCAUCACACACAAACCUCCCCUGAGAACAUGAGUGGCAGUCUGCUGUAAUGAUAGCGUGCUUCUUAAGCAGUGAUGACAGAAAUUGAAAGAUGGGAGCAGUUAGCUCUAAGCGGAGUAAUUUGUGGAUUGAAUUUUAUCAUGGGAUAGGAUCUUAAGAUGAAGGGAUACACUUGGUAGCAGUAAUUAUGUGCUGUGGUAAUCGUACUGAGAAACACAGGGUUCACUUCUACAGUUUUAAGUGUGUGGUUUCCUUGAAUACUCGCUUCUGUACAACACUACCUCUAUUCACGUAUACAGAAGUGCUGUGUAGUUUUUUAAGGUAAGGUCAUGGCCAUAAAAGGUUAGAGAUGUUACACAAGACUUGUACUUUCAUUCUGUGUUUGGUGCCUCUUGAAGGACAUUUUCUCACAAUGGCCCAGAAAUGUCAUUCUGCCUGCUGGGUGGCCUUCAGUCAGGACACAAAGGAAAGAAAAACAGAUGAGGUGCAGAGAGCCCGCUGCAAAGAAAACCCAGAGAAAAAGGAUUAAAAAUGCUUUACUAGUCCUCUGUGUUGGACAGAUUAACUCUUUGUUUACUCAUAAUAUGACAAACUAAUCCGAUGAUUAGCAGAUUGAUCUCACAUGGUGUUGAAAAGUCACUGAGAGCGAUAAUUAUAGGAUCAGCGAAGGACAAGCUACUUUCUAAAGGUGCCCUGUGGUUCCGACCACUGCUGGUGCUUUUUAAAUAUGUUUAUAAUUAAGGAUCCACAGUGUUAUUAGGGCAGACUUGGUAUCAGCAGGUGUGAAAAUCUCUGCUGAUUAAGUCUUAGCUGAUAUUAAAACUGUGUUUAGUCAUUUGAGUUCAGUUAGACUUCAGGUAGGGCUGAGCGAUAAACCGAAAACUUACCGAUCCUGAAAUCUACGACAAUUACAGACGUAAUUUUGCCCAUAUCGGUAUAUUCGGUGUCAAAAAAAUAAAUAAAUCAAAGUUGUUUUUGGAUGUGUGUAGGUAGGCUAUGGUCUCAUGUCCCUUUUAAGACGCUGUCCUACGUCAGAGACGUGACUCCACCCCAUCCAGUCUGUAACAAAGAGGGAAAGACAGGUGAGGAGAUGGAGGACGGUUCAAAAGUUGUAGCAGCUGAAGUAGACGAAGUUAAUGUGGGAGGGGGUGAGCAGCUUGUGGAGAAGUUAUCGAGGUGAACUGCUCAAUAUAUCGUGACAUUGAUUUGAGGACAUAUCGCCCAGCCCUAACUUAAGUGCAGGUGAAUCUGAGUCCUCUGUUGGCUCUGAUCGAUGAACAUUUUGUUUAGACUUGAUGCUAUUGUCAUGUUGUAGUUGUGUCAUUCAUGUCAGUAAAGUACACUGAAGUAUUGUUCUAUGUGUAGUUUUGUCAGGAAUGCAGGGAUAUUGGGACUCCAGAUUCAGGCUGUACCUUUUAAACUUUUGUUGUUAGCCGUUGCAGUGAAAUGGAGGAUUUGCAGUCGGUGCCAGGCAAUACGCCAGAGUGUUUUCAUUUUGGUAAGAAAAUUACUUUGGCUUAAAUAAAAAGAAGUCAUCAGACUCUAUCCCACUCUCGCAGCAGGAAGAUGUCAGAGUAGUAAAUCACAGCGCCAAUAAAGAGAAUGGUUCUAGUCUGCAGGAUUUUACCAUUUCAGUUAUGGGAGCCCCACCAAGCAGACUGAGUAAUCACUGAAUAUCGUGCUAUUCUGAGACGGAGAGCUCCACUCAGCUUCUUUUAUAGUUUAUUCUGAGAGGGAACGACGUCUUACUGCUGUGAUGUUUCAGUAGUAGUGGUUCCCAAAGAAGUGUCCCCACAGGCCGAGGAGCAAAGUGUUGAGUUUAAUUUUAGUUGAAUUCGCCCGAUUUUAGAGGAUGUGUGAGUGCAGACGUUUGUGGGCACGCUGUCUGUGCUUUGGGAGUUGGCGAAAAGAAAGCAGGGUGUUGUACGACUGUUUUGGAAGCUGCUUCAUGAAAGUUUAAGUUACUAACUGCAUAAAGUGAUCCAUGUUUUAACCUGCAAAAGCAGAGGCGGUCUCAGAGUCAUGCAUUAGGCCCACAAUGAGAUUUUUCCUGACAGGCAGGAGCUGGAGGGAUUCAGCAGUAAUCAAAAAGGCACUGUUUGGUCCUAGACUAUUUGAAUUCAUUCCCUCAUGCCCCAGAGCCUUCUUCUUAAGAUGAGCUGUCUUUGUGUGUGGCUCUCUGCCCCAAAUAAACACUCCAUUAGGACUGUUUUCUUCGCUGCCCUCCUCUCACGUCCCCUGCCCACAGCAGCACUUCCCUCCUCGCCCGUUGUCGCUGAGCUCGCUGACUCCUGAGGAAGCUACCCAGAGGACACGCUGUCCCCAAAUGGCGUGCAGAAAUGGCAGGCUGGUCUCCAUAGACUGCAGCACAGCUCUUAUCUCCUCCUGCACCGAGCUCCAAGAACAGAGACACAAACAAAGACAGGACCGAUGAGCACUACAGUGAGGGGACAGCGAGUUGACAGUAAUGUCACUGCUUGUUUGGUCUGAGCUUGCUUACCUCUCUGUCCCUCCUCUGGUUUCUCCCCUUCUUAGUCGUCUUUCUUCACAGUUUUCAGGAAAGAGUGCACAUGUAAAUAAGGUACAGGUAAUAUCCAUUCAGAGCUGCUGCUUUACCUGUGAAUAUUUGUUGAUUUUAUUACUAAAUCUUUUACAAAAUUCCUGCUCAUUCUUGUCUCAGCUGUGAUAUUUGUAAAAAACAGUGUGCUCGUCGUGACUGACUGACAGUAAACACUACUAUAGCCAUCUGGUACCUCCACCUUCCUGGGUAUCAAGUGUAUAACUACGGUACGGACCAGCAGAGGAGUGUGCCUCUGCUAGCAUAUAAGGCUGGUUACCAUGGCAACAAGGAUCUGCUGUGCCAGCUUUGCUCAAAACAUGUAUCAGUGCUGAUCGAAGAUUAAUACUGAGGCAGACAGGAGGAGGAAUCAACAGGUUAGACGACUGGACUGUGGAGCUGUGCUCUCAAAUUUAGCUCAAUAGCUGGUGUGAAAAGGCUGCCGCUGUGGUCAGCUCUGCUUUCCCUCUGAGGGCUUUGUGAGCCUCCGUCAGAGGCCGCACUGGCAGCUCCCAUUGCGUGGACACAUGGUAUGAACUGUGUAUGCGCAUCAGCAAAAAAAGCCAGUUUGACCGAUCAAUCAGUCCUCCAAUCAAUGUGAUUUUCUGUUUUGAAUUUAACACAACACCAAAAAUUCAAACAUGCAUUUGUCAUGUGCUUGUGUGUGUUUACAUGGCUGAAUGUAGUGUAUGUUUACAUCAUGGAAAACUACUGUCUGGUUCUUUUUUAAGCUUUAUCAUAUUUAAUUUUUCGGGCAGUUUCAGACAGAUAGAGGACAGUGGAUGAAGCAGGAAACAGGAGAGAGCUGGAGAUGACAUGUAGGAAAGAGGCCACAGGGUGGAAUCAAACCCAGGGCCCCUUCAUAAAUGGGGCGCUCCUAAAUCAAAAGGCUAACUGCGCCCAUGUUGUUUGAGUUUGGCAGCACAGAGUAGGGCUGGGCGAUAUGGCCUUAAAUCAAUAUCACGAUAUAUUGAGCAGUUCACCUCAAUAACGAUAAAUGGACGAUAACUACUCCACAAGCUGCUCACCCCCUCCCACAUUAACUUCGUCUACUUCAGCUGCUCCAACUUUUGAACCGUCCUCCAUCUCCUCACCUGUCUUUCCCUCUUUGUUACUGACUGGAUGGGGUGGAGUCACGUCUCUGACGUAGGACAGCGUCUUAAAGGGACAUGAGACCAUAGCCUACCUACACACAUCCAAAAACAACUUUAAUUAAUGUAUUUUUUUUUACGCAGAAUAUUUUGACACGGUCAAAUGUCGGUUACUGUCAUAAAUUUCUGUAUCAGUAAAUUUUCGGUUUAUCGCCCAGCCCUAGCACAGACUACUGAAUACCUUGUUUUAGGGAAAUAUGGUGUAGAUUUCAGUCAGUAGAUUUAAACUGGAAAAUAGUCGAACUGCAUUCCUUUAAAACCUUUCUGUAUCACCUGAUUACAUUCUCUUUUCAAUAUUGUCCAUGUUACAGGCAGCUGUUAACAUAAAAAGAAGGUUUAGAGCCACAGUGGUGUUUAUAAUACCUGUAAUAUGUUUACAUUACACUUUAGUGCAGGUAGUCAGACUGAAAAACAGGCUGAAAAGGUGAAGCUGGUCUUUAAUUGGACCGUGAUCCCAGCUUGGGUCUGUGCUGAACAGGAGUAAAUGAUGCCGCUCACCCUGAGUCUACAGAGCAGAGGGUAAGUGGGUGAAAUGUUUGCUCUGCUGCUGCUCUAAAUGGCAGAGUUGAUUCAUCCGUCAGGCCUGUCAAAAUUAAACACACAGCUCCGGCACAGCAGGCUGAGUCAGACCAUGUCCGGACAAGACACACGACAGCCUCCCAACCGCUCUCAGACACAGGAUUAACCGAGGUGCUCUGCCCCAGGCCUUAUUAGAAGUGUAUUUUCAUGACACUAUAGCAAUGAGACCUUCCUGUUUGUCCCUAAAAAUAUUGUGAUUUCUUUAUUUUUUGUGCAUUAGAUGUAAAUAUAUUUAUUUUACAUCUAUCCAGUCACAUAAGCUUCGCAAAUGUAGUUUAUUUUGAUGCUUACAUGGAAAAUUGAAAUCCUGCCUCAGCACAAAAAUCUCAGGUUUCCAGCUGAAUAAUGUCGGAGGCAGCUAAAAAUAGGCCACAAUUUAUUUUGCAUGGAAUUUACUCCGUCACUGGGCUCACAGGCUCUCCAUAAAAAUGCGUCUUGCCGGGGGAUUAUGACGUAUACUGAUCUGUUUAAAGCGUUAACACAUCCACAGCACAGGACAAAGGAACAGCUGAUUCUCUGUUCAAGACAAUUUACUUUGCAACACAACAUGCGUGCCCUCAUUUCCCCAUUCCCAAAAAAAGAAUCUGAAUGAAGAUCCUCGUCGUUUUGAAACGCUUAAACCAAAAACAAGCUUGAAUUUCAUGACUGUUACAGACCAUUGUACUCAUGAGAGCAGACAGUCAAAUGUGAGGAGCUGUUUGUCCUUCAGAAUGAACACCUGGAGGCUCCGCCAGCCCACAUUAACUCUGAAUUGAGGGAUCAAUGGAUAUGAAUAGGAAAGCCAAUGCAAUCUAGUGCUCGUACGGGAAGCAUUAAAAUUGACUUAGCACCAUUGACGCAGGUUAAAAUGCCGAUAUUUUUCUUCAAAUGUGACAGAAAUGAAAUUAAUGUGGGAGCUGCAGAUCUCAGUUGUGACUUUGGUGUUCUGUCGGUCGUUGUCGUCCUCCUCUGUCCUCUGCACAUAUACAAGACGGAGCUACAGUGUUGCCAGAUGGGAAAUAUAGAAUUAUCGUACAUCCGUCAUAAUCAAAACAACAAUCUUACUAUUGCACGAUAGUCACAUAUACUCACGCUGUUUAGUGUCUUACAGGCACUCACGAUUUUGUAGCUUCAGUUUUGUGGUCAUUUUGUGAUCAGCAGCUCCAACUCAGCUGUGUUACACUAAUGCAUCCCCUUUAGACAAAUGAUAGGUAGGAACCAAUGAGCUGAAUCAUGAGACCUUGGGGUCACCUACUUCUUUGAAACAGUAUUCAUAAUAACUGACAAGAACAUAAAGAGUAAUCUGACUUAACUUAGUGAAAUAUAUUUUAGACAUAAAAAUGAACUUGUCUCGGCUCGUGGUAAUCACUGUCCUCUUCAGCGGUGCUCAUUUUUCUCAACUGACUAGCCAACUGAGCAUGAUUGACAGUCAGUCAUGCUUGUAGUUUGGAGAUAAACAUCCCUCAAACUAUGACUGGAUGGAAACUUGACGUGGUAAAAGAUGCUUUAGGGGUGUGCAAAUACAAAAAUUGAAAAAUAAAGGGUCUGGCAGACUGAGACAGUCCUAUUGUACCACACUUUAACGAAAAACUGUCAAAUUAUCGUACAAUUAGCCGUUUUUGGGGUUAUUGAUCAUAUAUCGUACAGAGGGCAAAAUUAUCGUACAAAUCCGAGAAUUAUCGUACACCUGGCAACCCUGCGGAGCUACGCUGUUACAUCCAUGUUACGUUACCCGCGCUACUCGCUAUAGACCAUGUAUCAGCUUGAAAGUUACCCUUCAUAUUAAUGGCAGAGGGUCCGACAAGAUUUGAUGCGCUUGUUGAUGACUCAAAGUAAGUCAAAAAUAACUUUGCAUAUUGUUUAGUUCACACAGUGCGAGUAGAAAUCAUUAGUGGCGCAUUGAUAUUAAUGAAAUUUGAAAUUUCAGUAGCGGUGCAUGUAAUGAAUGUAGGGGAAACACUGCGAUUGUUGUGUUAGUUGUACUGCAGGGAGUUAUUUAUAAACGUGUUGAUGCUUUGUGCAUUCAAGCUACCUAAUGUUGCAUGUUAUGAGCUAUGGUUUCCUGAAAUGAAUCCCUGCCAUUAUCCUUAAUUUGCCGUGAUAAUGCAACAUCGUCACGAAGCAAGAUACAGCAAUAUGAGAACACAUAUCAAAUCAAUCCUACAGUGAAUCCUACAGUUUGUUGUAAUCUGAUAUGAUGGAAAAACGAAUGAUCGUAGACUAGCCUUUAAUCAUUUUAUCGUCGUACUGUGGAUCAGAAACUCAGUCUUUCCCAGAGUUCAUCACAAACAGACGUUUUCUGGAAGCUGACAUUUUACUUCACAGGGAGAAACCAGAGGCUUUCUGUUUAACAGUAAUGAUGACUCAGUUCUAUUCAAGUGUGCCAGUGACAGUAAUCAUGCGUGCACAAUAUACAAGCAUGCUGAAGCUGGAAUAGAGACACCACUACUGAAUUAUACACGCCUUUGAAUUCCACGUUCAAAAAUGUCAUCUGUGAAAAUGGCUCUCUGUCAUGGCCACUCGCCCAAAUAUUGUGCUCAUAUACCAGGUGUUUCAUGCUGAUUUUGUACACAUCACUGCAGCGAGGGGAAAUUACUCAACAUUUUCUUGUAAACGCUUGCAUGGAUGUAGUUUUCCUAUGUAUACUUGUGUCACCGUUUGCCCUCUGAAACAACCUUCAUAAGUAAAACAUAAGGCAGUGGGAGUGGGUGCAUCACAGGCCAUUAAGAAGCACUGUAUUUACUGUAAAUGUAUCAUGCAUGAGCUCGUAGGUUUCUCCUUCUCCUGACAAGAACAACACUUGGCCUACAUGCUGCUGGAGCUGCAGUGAAGUGAACAUUGCAGAGAACUCACGACACUUGACACUGUAAAUUGCAUCCAUGCCUCGCCUCAUGAGUAGUGAUUGAAUGUAAUUAAGUUUUCCUCCUCCGCAAUGAAGUUUUUCUUACUCGCAGCGCUACACACUCGAUAAGUGUGGGAUCUGUGUGUGUGUGUGUGCGUGUGUGAGUAUCAAAAUGCACGCUUGAUUUAGAUGCACUUGAAGAGAGCGCUGACGUAAAUUCCCAUGGUUUCUUAUUAAAUCUAUUCCACGGUGUUUACAUAAAGCUAAUACUCUGACUGUAUUAUUGUUCCACUCGUGUUCCUGAAAUGGCAGCUUCAUUUAGUCAUGCUUUCUAGAACAUGCCGGAGAACCUCCAGCCGUCCCCUCCGAUGAAUAAUGUAUGGGCUAUCUAUAACAACUCUGCUUUGUUUGGGCGCUGUGCUUUGUCAUUUUCCCGGUCACUUCUUCAGCUCUGAAUCUUGUUUUCUUUCUGCUUCUUUUUUGCUCAGGAGAAUGAGCUUCAGGAUUUCCUUCAGGAGAACAAGCACUUGAACCUCCAGUUGUUCAACAAUAGCUACAAGGCAUCUGAGCAUGAGGAGGUAAGAGAGGAGAAGGUCUUUUUGUUUUUGUUUAUUUUCUGUUUAUUUUGUUAAGAUUUUAUGCCAACAUCUGUCCUGUUCGUCAGUCCAGAAGAAGUUUUGAGCUGUUCGAGCAUCAGAGAGGAAAAAUGCUGACACUGAUUGCUGCCAAAGAGUGAACCCUGUGUGGUGAUCCUCUGACACCGAAUUGUUGUUGUUUUUGUCAAAUAUUGAUGUAGCAGCUUAGUAUGAAACUUAAUUAUGCCGUAAAAAUAAAUCCUAACACCUUGGUGAUCCCAUUUUUUGAGAGAACCAUGAAGAGGUUUUAGACGGCACGUCUGAAAAAUAAUUAUUAUAUUAUAUAUUAUUAAAUGUCCCUUUAAGGCCUGAAAUGACAUGUCAUAUUUUUACAUCUAAGCUUAAGCAAAGCCACCUGCCACCAGCUGAUCAUUAGGGAGUGUGAUAGCGCUGAUUCAGGGCACAACAUCAGAUGUUCACCUUAUGAUAUUAUCAUUAUCAGGACAACAAUAAUAUGAUAUUUAUGAAAAAACUGAGAUGAAAUGCAUUAAUCAGAUUGAGAAACUAAUGUCUAGGUUGCUGUAUUUUUAAGUGUACUACUUCUGUUAGACUGUAAGUUACAGAACUGAAUUGAACAGUUGAGAGCAGUUAGAAAGUAUGACAGCCAAACUAGUUUGUAACCUGGAGACACUGUUUUUAGAUUCACAGUAAAUGUCAGAAAGUCAGUUUGUAAAAGUGUCAUAUCGUCUCUCAGAACGCGCUGCUACAGCGAGAUCACUUGCAGCUGCAGCUCGUAGUCUCUCUGUAUUAAGACAUGCGACAACCAGCGUUUAGGACCACCACUAUGAACUUGUUGUUUACUCACAGACCCCGUGAUCCUUUGUUAAGUUAAGCUGUGUUGGUGAAAUUGUGCCCAGUUUUUACUCUUUCUGAGUGUUUUCUUACCCUAAAAUGUAAAUUUCCAUUUAAACGGCUGUGACUUUACAACAUCCUUAUAUUGGAGAGCCACGAGGUUGUGACAAACUAAUUUAUCUUGGGAUUACUUGUGCAAAUUUUACUGAGUUUUAACUUCUAUAAUAUGUCAGUAACAGGUCAAAAAUGUUCCUUCAGAUUCGAUAUAUAAAAUCUGGACCUACCCAAAGAUCUACUCGUUUUAAUCCAUGCAGCUGACUCCUCUUAUUAACUUUGGGUAAAACGGCAUACUUAUUUACUCAAAUGUGUGCAACAUUUCUACAUCUAUGAUUUAAUGCUUCAGCAGCAACAGAGGGAGAGCUUGGCUUCUGCUCCGACAAUUAUACUAAAACGUUAGUUUUAAUCAAAAAGGCUCUGGACAGCAGUUUUAAACACAACUGAAAUAAGAAAUAUUAAGUUUUUAUUGCUUUAAAAGAAAAAUCCCAAAGCCCUUCCUGUUUAAUCUUGCUUUUGUCAGUUUUAAUUAUCAGAGUGAAUGAAAAAGGAUCCACCACUUUUAUGUACCAAGUAUAAAUGACACAUAUUCCUUUAUAAAUAAAAUCCUAAAAUAUAAAUAAAGUCAGUGAAAAGGAGGGCUGCGCUCAGACACAGUGUCAGCCUCUUUUGUCUUUGAGAGAGAGACCAUUAAAAGGCUUUCUGGGUCAAACUCCACCUUGCCCUGGGAUGCCGGAUAGAUUGAGCUUUUUUUUUCCAAUUUCUACUAUAAAAAAUGAAAGAAACUAUUCUCUUUUUCUAUCAAACAGCCCUUGCCCUCCUUUUAGCCUCGAGACCUCAAAGACCUUCAGAGUGAAUAACACAAAGUCAGAGUAGAUCAGCAAACAAAGAGCUUCAGGCACUUUCACAGUGGACAGAGAGACGAUUUCCUGAAGCUGCUGAUUGGCAGGUUGUAGCUGGCGGGUGAGAAGAAGGGUGGGAUGCUGCUUAUUGACGUCUUAUCAGGAUCGAGGCGGCUUGUGGAGCAGCUGUCCUGAACUGUUAUCACACUGACGGAUAUGAGAGCAGAACUCUGCAGGGCAGUGCGGAUAUGAGCCCUCGCUUACACCCCUGUGUUCUGAUCCCUAUCGUCUCUGAAUGAACUGGGAGGGGCUCCAAACUGCGCCUCCCUCCACCCAUAAUAGACUAUUGACCUGCUUGUGCUAGAUCCAAUAUAGUUUCGUUCAAUCCGUCUACAUUAGGUCUGACAGCCUCUCCUAUUCAUGUGGAGAGUUCUGCUGUGUGGAGGCGGCCCGUUCGCAGGCAGACUCGCUGGAUUCUGUUUGUGUUUCGCUUUGCUGAUGUUUGUUGAAACGCCCUCCUCCAGGAGUCAUUAGUCAUUCAUGGCUGCUCUGAGGAAAGGGCUUCACCACUUUACGGCUACAGGAACCUGAGGUUUUGCUGCCGAUGAGGGGCAUUUAAAAGGCUGAUUAAAAAAAGGCUUUAAAAUAAUGGUACAGCUGCUCUGUGGACCAGAGAUUAUGAACAAUAAGUAGAAAUAACUUCAGUUUUUAAAUAAAUUUAUGCUGGAAGCAGCCUAAAUAGGAGUUUAAUUGGUGUACAGUGUUAAUAUAACGUGUAAUUGCCUUAUUAAAUAAAUGCUUGGUUAACACUGAAGCAUGAAUAAAUUCAUGAAUUUCAGUCUAAAUCCGCAUUAAGUCUAUAUUUUUUUAUCUCUCCUGCAUUUUUAGAUUUAAACUCUUUUCUUGUUGAAUCCAGCUCGCCCCCGUUAUAUUCACCUUGUACCUGUUAGGAUGUUGUUUGCUGCAUAAAAGCUGAUACUAUUUGUUUGCUCUGUAUUUGGCCUUAAGGUUAUGUGAGCAGCAACUGAUUUUGAAAUUGUGCUCAUCAGCCAGAAGAUCAUCUUUACGUGUCAAAGUCAAAGUGGAGGUUGAGAAAGCCGUAUCUGCAAGUUCAAAGUCAAAAAGUCUUUACCUGUUGUCUCUGCAGCUGAUUGGUCCUGUACAGAUCUACUAAGGACUAGGGAUGGGCGAUAUGGGUUAAAAAAUUUAUCAUGAUAAGAUUUGCCAUUCUGGCGAUAACGAUGAAAGUCCUGAUAGAAAAAAUUAGAAUUCCAAUCUAUAUUUUUGCACAAGUUUUGAAAACCAGUUGGAUUAGUCAAAUAAGACACUUUCUGAUGUCAAGCAGACCUGAUUUUGCUCAUCUAAACCUCGAUCUUGAAGGAAAUCCCUCAUGUGGAGCCUCAUUCAGUAACAAGCUGCUCAGAAACGUCUUCUUCAUUACCUUCAGCCGUGUUUGUUUGUUAUUCUGCUCUGUGUGGGCGAUGACUGCGAGUCCGUUGCUUGCACUUAUGUCUUUAACUUGCAUUUAUCACGUUUAUUGUGAAAUGGCGAUAUAUCGUGAACAAUAAUUUAUCGUCCAUCCCUACUAGGAACUGACAAAAAUUCUCAUUUAAGUUGUGAAUUUCAUUCCUGAUUUACACUCUAAUUCAUUGUUAUUGUUUUUCUCUAUAAUGAUAGAUUUAAUGCAAGGCUUCUAAGAUACUCUAUUUCUAACCACAUUACAUGGAAUAGCGAAGUGACUGUAUGUCUGCUUUAAAUGUAUUUCUGAUAAUACCUGGCAUGGUUCUGAUGAGUUUAUCUGGUGCAUGUAAAGGUUGGUCUGUCUGGUUCUCUUCAUGGUUUCACACUGUUUAUCUGAUCAUGGCCAGCCUGCAUUAACGUGUUUAAAAAGGUAGUAAUGUAGAAGUGAAGUGCUUUUAGAGGCAGACGGCAUAUUAUCUGAUGUGGAUAUAAACAAGUCAACAUUCAACAACAACAAAAAGGAGAGACUGCUCUGAAAUUAUGUGGUAGUUUUCCAGGAAAACUCUGAAUGUACUUACAUAAAACUCCGGGGUACAUUUAACUUCUUAAUGAAGCUAAACCUCAGCAGGACACCUGCACUUAGACAGCUUUAAAACAAAAUCUAAUAGCUUCUUAAUCAGCAAAAGGGCAGCAAAUGUAAGCAGUAUCCAUCAUUUUCUCCUUGUGCUUGGAUGAAAACUGUAACCCUGAGAACACACAGAGAGUAGAGACUUAAAGAGAGAAAAAACAGGAGAUCAGGAAACUUGGAGACAGUUAUCUCUCUCUGAUGGAAGCUUGAUAAUGACCUUUCGCAUAUUUGGAAUGAAAAACAUGUCGGUUUCUCUAAAAACGCUUGAUUUUCGUUCUGGGAAAAUGUAAUCACUAAAUAUAAAACGGCAGCUGAUUAAAACUGCUCAAUUUUGCCCAAAGGAAAUAAACAGCAUGCGUAGCUGCUCUCUCAGUCUCUGCGCUCUUGUGCUCAUUGUGUCCGCACAGGUGAAGUCCGAGUAUGUCCAGCUCAAAGAGACCCUUGGUGCUGUGACGCAGGAGAGAGAUUUAGCCCUGUGGGAGAAGAACCAGCUCCAAGACAAACUGGAGAACCUAGAGCAGGUGCUCAAGGUGAGGAAACCAGCUUCAUGAGCAGAAAUGACUCCAGGAUCUGUCAGUGCUGUGUGCAGUUCCAGCCCUGAAGUCCGCUUUUGCCCCGGAGCUUAACUCAGGUGUUUUUCUGCAGCCUUACCCUUUUGCCAGUUCCCCCUCUCCCCCCUGUGCUACACUGCCUCCGUCUGGUUCUCUUCAGCUUUACUGUCUAAUGUCCCUGACAUGUCUGUUGCCUUCCAGUGUCGUGUUGGGAGGUCUGACCAGGAGCUGUGACAGAGUAGAAGCUUGGAGCAGUCUGCCCUCGUUUCCUUUCCCAUUGUGCCCUCUCCUCUCAUGUUGUCUCCCCCUCCCCUCCUUCCCCGUCCCCUCUGCCCCAGCUAGAUUUAUAAGGUAUCACUGCCAUGUUUGUCUGUUAGGGAGCAGUCCUUUUAGUCCCAUUCUGAAUGCUGUCUGUCCACCUCAGUGGCUGUGCUUAUCUCUCCCUUACUGCGUGGGCUGAAGUGAAUGGUCACCUGGCUAUACGACCACAGCACUGUGGAAUGUGAUUUUUUGCAUGAGGCAGGACAAAGAGUUUGGCUUUCUGAUGACAGGAGGAGGAGGAGGAGGAGGGAAAGGAGGAGGAGGGAGAGAGACUACUAGGUCACUCUUCAUGAUGAUAAUGUCAAGUUUGAUGACAUUACCUAUCCUAGACCUCGAUUUCUACUGGCAUGAAAAUGUCAUUUUGCUUUCCUCACCUGAUAAACCUUCACAUGCAGUGGGAGCAUUAAUGUGACUGGAUGACACGGGCGUAUUGUGCGAUGAAGAGCCUAGCAUUCAGUCGGCUUCUUUUGUUGUUAUGGAUGACCACAGACAAGUGAGCACGCUCCGGAGUUUGCUCUCCCUUUCGUGUAACGUAAGACCUCGUAUUGAUCAUACAAAGACAAACAUGGCUGAGGUUGGCCUUUCAAACAGUAACCAGACUUUCGAACAGGUAUUGUGUUACCUAAAGGGGGCAGCAAACCUAGAUGUGGAUUGAUGUUAGUCUUUUUGUUCACACAGCAAAGCAUCUCAAGUCCUCAUCCAUAAGCACUUUGGUGCAAAAUUUGAUCUGAGCUCUCCUGCAGAUCAUUCAACAUAAACUGUUCUCACAUUGCAUUCGGCUGUGGCACAGUUUAUGUCUAACUUCUUAUAAGGGCUUAAAGGUCAGAUCACCGUGUAAACCAGCCUCUUUUAUGUCUGAUAUGUUUGCACCUGUAACACCUGUGAUGUCUCUGAGUGUGGAGAAGACUGGAGAUGCAUUUUUGUGUUUGGCUCAGUGCCGUUAGACUUUUAGUUCCACUAACAGCAGCCGUCUCUAUGCUCCCCCUCCACAAUCCUCACCCCGGCUCUCCACCCCUGCAACCCCCUGCGGACAGCAUAUGCGCGAGGCUGCAGAGCGGAGGCAGCAGCUAGAGUUGGAGCAUGAGCAGGCCUUGGCUGUACUCAAUGCAAAGCAGCAGGAGAUUGACCUUCUUCAGAAGGUAGGUAACUCUUUUGGCUGUCUUGUUUUGUCCAGCCUACGCCUGUGUCACGGGUCAAAGAGCUUUUUGUCGAGCAGCGGUGCGAUACAAACACUCAAACAAAGGUGAAAGUCAGUGAAAGAGAAGUAAGGACUGGACUCUCUGUAGGCUGUAGUACCUUCCUCUCUCAUUAUUUUCAUCCCUGAUUUCCUAGUGCAUCCGUCCUCUUUACUCCAUCCUUCAGCUGUCCAUCACUCUUCAUACCCGGAGUGCCUGACAGUUCAGGAGCACUUCUCUAGUUUGUUGCGAGCAAGCAAAUCAAACACUGGAGCCCAGAGCAGAUAUGACACUUUCUCCAGGCUCGCUUGAAACAGAAAUGCUGGCCGUGGCCAUUUGAUGGUAGGGCGUCCAAGUCUUAACACUGGCGCUGACUGUAAUGUCAAAGCGAGCCCUGCAAUAGCUGAGAUUGCUGAUAGUGUGAACGUGAUAGGAAUUGUCACCAAAGCCUUCUCUAGAAACAGAGUGUGUACCCCGGUGUUGCUGUUGCGGCAGUGUUGCUCUAACUUCACAGUCAGCCUUUCACAGGCAGACUUCUCAGCUUUUUUCUCUCAUUAACAGAAGCUCAUUACUGCCUUAUCUUCCCUCAGACGCAGCCUGCUCUCUGCAUUCUCCCAAAUUAAUUGCUUGCAAAGUAGAUUUAUGAAAUUGUAAAGCCCACAGAUGCUCUCAUACUCACUUGUUUUUUCUCAACAGAUGUUUCUCGUUCCCAUAAGAAAAAUGGUGUGUGUUAUACGAUGUUUCUGUACAGUUCGGUGCUUCUAUAGUACCCCAACCUCGCUGUGCUUCAAUGCGCUAGCUUCCUCCGUUCAUCAUGGAUGGAGCGUCAUUUUAAUUGGUUUAAAAUGAUGUUUGUUUGCAAUCAUUUAAAGAACCAUGUAAAUGUUUACCUUUAAAACUUGAUAACUGUUCUCAACACAGAUAAAAACCAAUUAGAUUGGAUUAUAUUAUUAGGACCGUAUCCAUUGAUGAAUAGUCUCAAACUAAAACCUACCCACAGGCUUCUGUUUAGGUUAUGGUUGCUUGAAUUCCUGUAGUCCUACAGAGUGUCAGCUUCUUUCCUAUAUACUUUAGUUUAUGCUGUAGGUCAGCCUUUCUUUGAGGUUUAAAAAGAGCUGUGUGGGUGGGAGUUUUGUGAAGACUGCUUUUGGUCACCGCUCAAGGUUUUCAUGCUAAAUGUAGAAGAUAAGACGAGGUGAUCAAUACCGCCCAGUUCAAGGCAAAGGGCUCCAGUUAGCAGCCAAUCUUCACGACUUAGCUUAGCAUAACAUUUCUGGUUUCUGUGUCAUGAAAGGGACUGAUCUCAUCUAUCCUUGGGUCAGAAAAUCUGUACUUCCCAAAAUGUCUACAGGCUUACUAGGGUUGUGAUCAACCAAAGAAAUUCUUGGUCGACUAAAACCCUGAAAGUUUCGACCAAAAAACAACUCCGACGGCAGCUUGGUGAAGCACGGCUCGAUGGGAUGAAAAUAUACUGAUAUCAGCACAAGAAGGCAAUUAAACAUGAUGAAAAUUAAAACGUUCAAAGUAAAAUGAAGCAAACCAGCGGACGUUGAUUAACGUGGAUGCUCUUCAGUCUUCCUGUCUUCAGCUGGUGUCUAGUGGGUUGGGCGAAUCCAAAAUGGUAAAAACAAGGGGGGGGGGGGGUGUUCUGUUACCUGUGAAACGAGGGUGCUCCGAAAACACCCCCAUUAGCAAUUGGUACGUUCCUCCUGAUAAAGUUAACUAUAGACUGUAAAUUGACGUGGAAAAAAAAAAUCAUACCGCCCAAUCAGAAUUUCGGUCGUCUAAGCGCGUAUCGACCAGUAAGUCGACCAGUCGACUAGGACUUUACAGCCGUAGUCUAAACUUACCUGAAAUAAGGAACAGUUUUAGCUCCACUAAAUGAAAUAAGUGAUUCAAAUAAUGAAAUAGAAAUUAAAAAUUUUAUAUACAUUAUGUGUUUGGAAGCCAAAUUUAUUCUGGGCUCAUGGUGUAACAUUCAUGAUUUGGUGAUAACAGAGAAGUGUGACAUAACUUAAAAAAAACAACAAAAACAGACACAAAUUUAAAAUACAUAUUCUUAAAAACAAAGAACAGUAAAGGUUGAUAACAACCUACCAUUAAAAUGGACAUUGACAAGAUGGCAGAAAUAUCAGCUUCUGUCAUUGAUGCUGAUGCUGACAUUUGCUGAUUUUAAUGUUCAACCGAUCAUUGGUGCAUCCCUUUUUUGAAUGAGUAACAUGAGGCCUCCCCCACAUCCCUCAAGUCUGUUUUAUUUUGCAGUUAUAACACAACAAAGUAUGGAGAGAUUUAAGGAUGGUGAAUUUAUGUAUGUGGAGCAGUGUAAAAAAUAAAUAAGGUGGAAGGCAGGCUUCAUUAUUUUAAAUCGGAUGUCAUUUACUAAUAAUUGGUGUGAGCUGAUAUCAAAGCACUGCUGCUGACAAUAACAUUAAUCCUCUUUACAUCCUAAUGGGUGGGUGGGCAGAGAUACUUGUUUUCUUUUCAGUAUUUUCAGAAUGAAGAACUUUUUGUCGCUCAUAAUGUUGUAAAAGUUAAACUGAAACUGUGCUCUCUGUUUUUUCAGGCUCAGGUUGAAGCCAAAAAGGAACAUGAAGGUGCCGUCCAUCUGUUAGAGGUUAGUGUCUGACUCUUCAGGGGGGUUGACUGGGUUUGUAGCUCCAGGUUAGGGGAAUAUUCAGCUCUGAGGCGGCAGACCUUUGUGUCAACCAGAGCUGACUAAUUUCAAUCCUCUGUGAUUUUAGUUUUUUAGUCCUCAUGUAUAAGAAAUUAAAUGUGAGCUGCUUUUUCCUGUAGUGUAUGAGAUCAUUUAAAUGAAGUAAACACUUAUUCAACAGCAUGUCAGACAGAGUUAAAUUAAGGCUGAUUGUUUUGUGCUUUUCAUGACGUGUGCAGGUGAACCUAUGUGUAAUUGUACUUUGUUUCUUUCCUACAUCUCUUUUUACUGAAUGGGUGUGUGCAUAUGCUUAUACAGAACCACUUGGACAGCAUGCAGGUAUUUCAGAAUUGUUUUCAUUUAUUUUCUUGACAUGUUCUAACACUUUUCAUACACCAGUGAGGUACAAACAGCACUCUUAGACGGUCGAGACAAAACGCUGAUCACAAUUACGAUCUGGUCUAUGCUCUGUGAUUUUCAGAAAUAUCCAGGGUGUCUUCAUUUCUCAGACUUUGCUACAAACUCAGCUCUGUUUCAGACAAGCAAACUCUCAAGUUCAAAAGUCUGCGGUAUGACUGACAGCAUAAAGUGGAGGUCUUUCGGCUUGAUCAUAGAGAAAAAUUCAGCAACUCUCGCUUAACAUUUGAUGAAAGAUUCCAGUCGUAAAGUCAAGAUUGAGAAUAUGCCGUCAAUUAAAGACAAACGCCUGGGGCCUCACUGACCCACCUCAAUAAUCCACAUAAUUAAAGCCCAUCAGCACACUGAGGCGAGCAAGUUUUACUUCAUUAGAUUAAACACCAGCUGUUAAUGUUUGUUUGGAUGUAAAUAAACCAAAAUGCGGAGAGUUAGUUUGUUGAGUAGAAAUGUAAAAAAAGAAGAGCCGUGUUUUGUUAUUUCUUGUUUAUCUUUUUUCUUUAACAUGUUGUAUAGAUGUUCUCUUUUUCCAGUGAAACAGAAUUAGACUCUUGUUAAAAGGAUCACAUUGAUGAUAAACUGUGAAGCUAAUGUGAUCCUUUUCGUUUCAGCGUUGCAUGUAACCAGCAUGUGUUUGUCAUACAGCUGAGGGCUGUAUGAUGCAAUGGAAAUAGCGGCUCUCAGUUACUAAUUCUCUUUCACCAGUAGAGGAAUUCCUUUGUCGUGUGUGUGCUAACAGCAUGUGGGAUCUUAUGACAGCCUGUGUGCAUGAAAUGGACUCAGUAUCUGCAGAAAAGCAGAGGGGGUAGCACCAGCAGGGGGUCUUUUUUUCUGUGAUGGGCACUUUUUGACCAUUUGAAAUAGAGAAGUUUCUUUUUUUAUGAUCUUAAAUCACGCUCCAGCAUCUAGAGUUUCCGUUAUGCCAGUUUAUCAGCCUCAGCAUGUGCAUUAAGUUUCCUUCUCUUCAAGUAUACCGCUACUACCAUGUAUCACCCCUUUAAGAAGACCACUACCAACCAAGGACUAAACCACAGAUAUUUUUGUAUCGUCACAAAUAAUCAUUUUAAUUUGGAAUGAAUGGAAACGUUCUUUCUGAAAGCAGCUGAGCAUCGUAGCACCUUGUAAGUGCAUCAGCAGGAACUACUUCCACCUGCUGUUCAAAACACAUGAAGCUCCAGAGAAGAACGACUGAAAGUACACUCUAGUGAAGAAACAUGGAUGACUCUUGAAUCGUUUUUGCACAAUCCUGGAGCUUCAUGGCAUUGAGAGAUAAGAGAGAUCCAGCUUUGACACAGAUGCUACUUGUUGGUUGAAUAAAUUGGUUUUGGUCUUUUCAAAGGAUUUCUUGGUAAUAAUAGAAUAAAAUAAAUCUAAUCCUCGCAGACACUGUGUGUAGUUUGGAAAUGCAAACUGCCAAGAGACAAGAUGCUUUUUUAUUUUCACUGUUGUUAGUCUUAGCUGUAGUCAGGGUCCGAAAUUAACACACGCCAAAGGUGGGUACACUGUUUAUUUUGCUGAUAAUUCUCUGACAGCUAUGUGCCGCAGAAUAUUUUAGCUGGAUUUAGUUUUUUUCUACAACCUCUGGUGUCUGCAUGUCAGAACUUUGCAGGUGGGGCUUGUGCAUGCAAACAUCAUGUAAAUGUUGCUGUACACUGAUGCCACCAUGUACCACUAUUUACUGUAUGAGACAUCAUCUACCCUGCUGCAUUCAAGAUCAAGACUAAAACAUAGUAAUAUAACCAGCAGUCAGGAUUCUGUCUGUUUUGACAGAGUUGUAUUUUCUUUGAAACAUUUAGCUCUUUUAGACAAAGACAGGACUAUUGAUGACCACUUAACUAAAUCAUGAUUAAAAUCUGUCAAUAUCAGAGUGUUUAUAUCGAUGCUCUUUGUAGCAGUAACUUCAUAAAUAAGUCUUUUUACUCCAGUGAACCCUCUAUUCUUCCUGAGAUUGUUUCUCAACACAACACCUAACCUUACUAUCUCCAUAAAACAAACUAAUAAAUUUAAAUAAGACACAAAAAGGCCAUUCGUAGAAAUAUGAUUGGCUGGUGGUUCUCUUUUUUUCCACCCGCCUCCUUGGCUGGUGAGUAAAGAGAAAAUUUCGGACUCUGGCUGUAGUUUUGCAUGUGAUUUGAAUCCUGUGCUGUCAGUAGAAGUUAGAAAAAGUCGUUUCUGGAAGUUUCCUCUGCAGUAACGGAUCCUCAUGUUAUCAGUCGUGCAGUAGACCCCAUCUCAUGUCCUAUUUGUGUGUGUGGACAGUGCACACCUGUCAUUGUAUAUGUACCUACUGUACAUAUACGUGUACACUGGAAAAGUUCCAAAAUGUCCCAUCAUGCAUCUUCUGGUUUCAUUAUUUUUGUUUUCUGUCGUUUUCCUUGUUUCCCAUCCCUUGUCCUUGUCUGUUUCUCUCUCUCUGUUUCUUUCUCUCUCUUUUUCUCUCUUUACGUGUGUCUCUCACUCCCCCUCUCAUUGACUCUCCUCCCUCGCCGUCAUCAGGCCAAAGUCCGUGAGCUGGAGGAGAAAUGUCGGAACCAGAGUGAGCAGUUCAACCUCCUGUCGAAGGAGCUGGAGAAGUUCCGACUCCAGGCGGGGAAGUUUGACAUCCUCAGCACUGAACCGUUGACUUUAUGUGAAUCUCCGGGGUCGCCUAACAAAUCCCUGUCCCAGCUCCUCAAUGGACUGGCUGCCCCCAUAGGAAAAGGUAUUUUUCAUGAUCAUUGCCACCAAAAUAAGCCUCUCUUAGGCAGUUUGGUAGGCUGAAAGUAUGUUUGUGCAAGGCAAAGAAAAAAGAAGAGACGGUUUUCUGACCUUUUACAGAAAAUAUCUAAAGUGAGCGAUAAAUUUCACUUUGAAAUGACAAAAGGAGGAGAUUUUGUUUCAAUAGCACCACUUUGUGUGUGGUGCUACCACUUUGUCCACUAGGGGCGCCACAUCAACACAGGCAGAAAGUCCCCCACAGGAGUUGUAACUCUCCUGUGAGGGACUUUGAGCAGCUGAAUUUGGUUACCCUCAUAGACAGAGCAGGUCGAUCCAAGUCUCCGCUCUGCUUGUCCCGUACUUGUCGAAGUACAGAAACGUCCCUCUUUAAAAGUCAAACAUAAAAUCAGACUGAUGAGCAAGAAUUUAAAACAGAAUUACUGUAACAUGCUGCUUAUUGUCUCGGCUGACUCCUAUCCCAAGGUGUGUGUUAAAAAAGAAACUAUGGAGCAUUAAUCAGCCUCGUCACAGGUGAUCUUGUUUGCUUUCUGUUUGAUAAAGGACUAUAAGACUGUACUAUAGGCAAAGAGAACAGCCUAAACUUAUGUAUUCUGUGAGUCUUUAUCUGAAAAUCAAAUGGACACUUGUUUUGUUUGAAGUUUUCUUUCAUCUCUUUUUUGUCACAAGCUUGAUCUGAGCUCUUUUAUUGCGCUGUGAAGAUCUGACGAGCGAAGUUGUGUUUUCACCACAGGCAAUGAGGCUCCAACAAGCAGAUCUUUGAUAUCCGAGUUCAUUCGGCCGCUCCAGAUCAGUGGAGACAAGCCGGAGCUCCUCUCAGUCAAGCCAACAUUCCUCACUCGCAGUCGAGCCCGCAGCCCAGGACGAGCUUUCCUCUCUGAGGUAUCUUUUGUUGUCUGAUUGUGUCCCAUAUGGCUCUUCUUUUCUCUACUCACUCACUUUGUGGGACAUCUAUAGAAAACAUCGUCCAAUCAAAUUCCCUUUAAUAAUUCAGACGUUUCGGUCCACCCUGUUAACCCAGAUGAAAUCCUGUUGUUAUCAUUCAGACUGUCACAUAAGCAGCGUUCAGCUCACCAAAGUCAGAUCUAUUACCUCUUGAAUACCUCUGUUAUCUUGUAGUAGAGACAACACAGCAGCAUUUGGGGAGUAAGUGCAGCUUUAUUUUGAUCUCAUUUCAUCCAAACAAGACAAAAUCCACUCAGCAGGAGGGCAGGAGGCCUCCUGGUUUAGCUUAUGAGGACCGAGGCUGUAUAAGAUUAAGAGAUAAAACACAUCAUCUAUAAGGAGAUCGUCCUCUUUUACCUCCUUUAAAUGCAAACAUACUUUAACUGGUUGAAUAAUACAUGAAAUUGAAUAAACAAUGGGAUUAUUUUGUCUUCUCUAGAUGGACAAAGAGCUCAGUUCAACAACCAGGUCCAAACUCAGAUUCACAGGGAAGGUUCGUCUGUGCAUCGCUAGGUACAGGUAUGUACACACCAAACACAGUUCAUCACAUGUUCACUCUCCUGUUCUGGUGUUUCUUGGUUUGUUUACAACAUAAAACACAGAUAAUAAAAUGGUUUUAAACCGUCACUGUCAACAAACAUCUUUUUAGUUUUCACAGUGCUUUAAUUUUGAAGAUUUCAAAGCAAGCAUUAACAGAAGCUUUCACAGAAGUUCUCCCGCUGAAGUGAGACAAUAGAACAUCACAUGAAAAAAAGCUGAUAAUUAACAAGAAAACAGAGGAGGUUAUUUUCCUCUUUCUUCCAGCGAAGUUAAAAGGCUGGGAGUCAUGGGCACAUAUUGCUGAGAUGCUUUGCUUUCUCUCACAGAGCUUUGGGCCGUGGUCUUAAAGAUGAUUCAGUGUUUCUAUCUCUGUAGAAAAUUACCUGUCAGCACAAAAAAUAAUUGGAAUCCUCAGAGCACAAAUAUGAACAGGGCCAACGCUUUCAACCCACACUGUCCUCAGCUCGCUCAUAUUUGUAGAAAAAAAACAAAUCAAUCACAAACAGAAAAAAAACGCCAGAUUUUUAAAGCAGCACUCAGCAAAUCAUUUUCCCUGACAUACCUAUUAGAAAAGCGGAGUAUGACAUGAAAAAGCCCAACAGGGGGAAUCUCAGGAAACAGUUUGGCAGUUUAGUUUUGUCUUCAUGUUUCUGCUGUAGUUACAACCCUUAUGACGGGCCCAACGAGCAUCCAGAGGCAGAGCUCCCCCUGGUGGCAGGGAAGUACCUCUAUGUUUACGGGACGAUGGAUGAGGACGGCUUUUAUGAAGGUCUGACUGAAUUUGAACAUUUAUAUUAUUUCAUCCUGAGUCUCAGCACAACACUGACCGCCUUCUCCUUGUUUUUUAGGGGAGCUGCUGGACGGACAGCGAGGACUCGUCCCAUCCAACUUUGUGGACUUUGUGCAAGACGAGGAGUCAUCAUCUGUUCAACGCAGGGACACAGUAGCUAAAGAACCUGGCUACCUCAACCACAGUAGCCUGGGGACCCAGAGACAUGGUGUGAGCACAGGGUCAGGUACGGGCAUAAGCAGCCGGCUGAGUGACAGUAAACUGGACUGUCUCAGCAGCAGCAGCUUGGGCAUGGACCUCCUGGGCUCCUCUAGCAACGGGACUGGAACCUUGGAUGUCAACAUUGACGAGGUCGGUGAAGACGUUGUGCCUUAUCCCCGCCGCAUCAACCUGAUUAAACAACUUGCCAAGAGUGUGAUUAUUGGCUGGGAUCCUCCUGUGGUCCCACCGGGCUGGGGCACCAUCAGCGGCUACAAUGUCCUGGUGGAUAAGGAGUUGCGCAUGAGUGUCCCCUACGGGGGCAGGACAAAGUCUCUUAUUGAGAAGCUCAAUCUGGCCACAAACACCUACCGAAUCUCAGUGCAGAGCAUCACGGACCGCGGCCUGUCAGACGAGCUGCGCUGCACUCUGCUGGUGGGGAAGGAUGUGGUGGUGGCACCUUACUACCUGCGUGUGGACUGUAUAACGCAGGUCUCCGCUGAGCUCUCGUGGAUGCCCAGCAAUAGCAACUAUAGUCACACCAUCUUCCUGAACGGUGCAGAGUACGACAUGGUCAAAGCGGGAGGCUAUAAGUACAAGUUCUUCAACCUGAAGCCCAUGACCGUUUACAAAGUGAAGGUUGUGGCGCAGCCGCAUCAGGUGCCUUGGCAGCUUCCGAUGGAUCAGAGGGACAAGAGGGAGAUCUCUGUGGAGUUCUGCACUCAGCAUGCAGGUCAGCAGAAAACGCUUUAUAUACUCGAGUUUAACUUUUAUUAUCUGUGUCUCUGUUUGUCUAUGAGCUUUAUAGUCCUUCAGUUUAUGCCUGGCUGUACCAUACGCAGCUGUGGGGGCGGUGAUUUUGAUGUGUGGGCCGCUUGGUCAGUAUCUCACAUUAUGAAACAUCGCCUUUAAAUUUGGUGCAUAUUUUUACAGCAUCUAAAAAAAGAAACCUUAUGCCACCACUGAUCUCUGGACUCUUUGUCUAGUAUUGUUGUUAUUUCACUAAAAAACAUUCAAACCAAAUCUACAUGAUCUUCUCCACAUGGACAUGAGGAAAGCAGAAGCAUCCUGAUCAGAGUCAUGAAAUUUCAACCUUAAUGUGACAUUAUUGGGCAAAUAUAAAGUUAUGAAGUUGAAUAUUGUAUCUGAUUUUUUUAAACAUCUGUUGGGUAACAUUACUGGAGGGAACCAAUCAAGUUUGAGGCCAUUUUCAAUCUGUUUUAGCUCGAUCAAACUGUCUUUAAUAAUCAAAACCCUCUACUGUGUUUGCGAGCUUGUGUUGAACUUUGUCUCUUUGUAUUUGGUGUUAUUUCAGCGGGGUACAGUGGUUCUCUCAGAGCUUUUUCUAAAGCAGUUGUCAGCUGUAACGAGAAACAAGCUUGAUUCGUAUGUGGGAUAAAAACUGAACACCUUUCACACAAAGUCUUUGGUUCAAAGUUCUGAGGAGCGUUACCGAUAAAGAGGUCACCUUGUUCUCCUUUCCUCCUGAAUCUGAUUGCUUUCUCUGUGGUCAGAUCUUCUGCUUCAUUUCAAAGUCAUCAUCCCUCAUUUCACGGUGAAAGCUAUCAGAUAAUUUACGUCCACAGGCUUAAAGCUCUUUACUUCUCAGAAUCUGACAAAUAUCUCGGCCGUUUUCAUUUCUCCCCAUCCACUUUCAGAGCGCCCUCAAGGAUCUGCGUGUGUGCUCCUGCGAUAAGAAACAUGCAUGACAGAAAAACAAAAAAGAAAAAACAGAAAGGUGCAGGGAGAUAACACUAAGGAAGCCAUCGCUGAAAAAAGCCACAUAACCCUGGAAACACGAGUCUCUUGAAGCCAAAUUAGUGUAAAUAGUGAGCGUAGAUCUCUGGGAUUUCUUCCCCCUUGAGGCUUGUUGAUGCCGAGGCUGUUGCCAGCGCUAACUCGGGUCUCACAGCCUGGCUGUCAGGCUGCGGGAAAUUUUUAAAGUGAGAAAUUAAGAGGAGAGAUUUUCUCUCCACAGCCAGCUACAUUUAAGACUCCGAUUUUUUGUGGUGUAAACAAGAAGUCACAGUGUAGUUAACUACUGGUGCGGACAAAUUAGGAAACAUGGCUCAGGGAAUUCAUAUCACAGAUUUAUCCAUUUAGAUUAACCCUACCUGAAAGCAGAUCUAAACAUCUGAGGUUUGAGAGCCAGAAUAAGAUAGGAGCCAUUCAGACAGAUUUAAGGUCAAGGAAUAGAUUAAAAAGGGAAAUAAAGAGAGGGAACGAUAAAGAGAGGUGUUGAUGUUUGAAUUGACAUUUUCUCUUGGCAGCUGACUAGCCAACCUGCUCCGAGUUCAUUAAAUUAUCCGUCUAUUGAACAUGGUAAUUAGUUGUGUCUGAAAUAGUCUCGAUAUCCGGGUGGACGUCUGUUGUCAGUAGGAAAAAGUCUGGAGGCAGUGUGCUCGACUUUCACGCCCAGCAUGUGUACUCCAAACAAGUGGCUUUGUUUACAGCCACACAACAUUUUUAUCAGUCUAAGUCACACCGGGUCGCCUCUGAUCUCCUGCCUAGAGAUCAAUAUCUGCUGUUUGGGCCUGGUAUUAAUGAAAGCGGCUCCACUGAAACACUCAUUUAAACGCUAAUUUCACUUCUCAGCGGGGCUCGUUUAUGACAGGCGUAGUUUAGAAAUGACAAGAGGAAAUGAAAUGUCUCAACAGCCAGCGCCGCCGUUUUCAAGACUGUGUGUUUAGUCUGCUGACAGUCAGCGUAGAAAUGUGAUUAAGAUUGCACUGAUGUGGAUUCUUCUCGGACACACAAACAGCUGUAUGAACGCUGAAGCUUGGAGGAGACGGUGCUGCUGACUUCAUCUGCGGGUUGGGCUGAGGGGGGAGCGGGGGAGGUGGGGGUGAGGGCAGCACUGCACAGAUGGCCGUGUUGUUUAGUAUGCAGGCAGCACUUACAGAUUGUGGAAAUAGCAAACAGUUUUUUAUGCUCCAAAGAAAAUUGUCAGCAAGAAUCUGGCGCCAGGAUAUUGCUGUACGUACACUGACGGCUGAAUGUUGGCAAACUCAAUGUAACGCCUGAGCCUGAUGCUCAUAUGAAUGAAUUUUCUGAUUCAGGGUGUCGACCUGCUCAGUGAGGAGUAAAAAUACACCAAAGUCAUCCCAGGAAUGAUCUAAAAAUAAUCGAUCCCACAUCAUGUCCCUGCCAUGAGAAGUAAUAAUCCUAAAUAUGAAUUUAGUAGGUGUCGCCUCACAGCAAGAAGGUUCUGGGUUCAAAUCUGGGUCAGGGCGUUUCUGUGUGGAGUUUGCAUCUUCUCCCUGUGUCUGUGUAGGUUUACUUCAGGUACUCCGGUUUCCUCCCACAUCCCAAAAACAUGCAGAAGUGCGGUUAGGUUAAUUGGCCACUUUCAAAUUGCCUGUAGGAGUCGUCCGAAGAUGCUGGGAUAGGCUUCAGCCCCCCGCGACCCCCAAUGGGAAUAAGCGGUAGAAAAUGGAUGCAUGGAAAAUGGAAUGAAUUCAGUAGGGCUGUAAUCAAUCGAAGAAAUUAUUGGUUGACUAAAACCUUGAAAUUUUCUACCAAAAAUCAACUCAGUGGGGAGGAAGUAGACAUGGAUGGUAGAGGAUACUGAUAUCAGCACAAGAAGGUAACUAAACACAAAUAUGAUAUUCAGCAAACCACCAGACGUUGACUAACGUUGACGUCCUUCAAUCUUCCCGUCUCCUGCCGGUCUCUGGUUUGGUUGGGCGAAUCCCAAAUUGUUGAAACAAGGGGCAUGUUCUGAGACAGGCUGUUACCUGUAAAACGGGGGUGCUCUGAAAACACCCCCAUUAACCCUUGGUACGUUCCCCCUGAUGAAAUUAACCAUAGACUGGAAAUUGACGCAGAAAAAAAUCGAGUCGACCGAUCAGAAUUUUGUUUUGACUCAGCACGUUUCGACCUAUAAGUCGACCAGUUCGACUAGGACUUUACAGCCCUGGUAAAAAUGUACGAAAGUCAUCCUAGAAAUGACAUAAUCAAAAAAUAAUCAAUUCCACAUGUCCCUGCCAUGAGAAGUAGUAAUCCUAAAUGUUAAUUCAGUAUUCAUUACGUUUCCUUUCCUCUGAAACAUCACAUGUUCAGGUGGUAUGAAGUACUCUAAAACUGAGCUGAUGUCACACCUUCUUGAACCUUGUUUUAAAACACAGUGACAUGAUUAUCACAUCCAGGAGCUUCAUUAAACUGAUGUCAGCUCGGUUAAAAAAAUCAAGACCUGUUAAUAUUUGUAAUGAAACAGAAGGAAACAGUUUGACAGAUGUACUGUUUUCUCUCCUCCUUAUCCAGCAUGUAUGUUCUGUUCUCCAGGGCCUCCUCUCCCGCCCCAGGAGGUGCAGGUCCAGUGUGGUCAAACGCCUGGAGUCCUGCAGGUCAGAUGGAAGCCGCCGCCUCUGACACCUUCAGGAACCUCCAACGGGGCCUGUGUGAUCGGUUACGCCGUGUGGACGAAGGGACAAAAGGUAACAAAUACUUGGACGACUCAUUUACAUGUCCUGAGUGCAGGAGUCUUUGCUUUUCUCAGCAGAGACUUUAGAGAGUAGAGCUUUAUUGCCAUCUCCUGGAGAGAUUUUGAACUCGGACAAGUAAAAUCCAACAAAAAAAAACAAAAACAAGAAAUGUCACAGGCUCUAUGGUGCUGUGUUACUUUGAUAUCUCCUCUAUUGUCAGCUGUUGCUUUUGUUGUGUCAAGCUGACAGGAAUAUCUAUGAUCGUACAUCAGUCUAGAGUUGGAGCUACAGAGAAGUCCAAAGUUGUUCAGCUGGUUAACUCAUGUCUGUGUUUUAUAGACCUGUCUUUGUUUUCAGAGUAGGAUGUUUGUGUGUAAUGUCAUGUUGUUAAGGAGGUUCUGGUUGUUUAUGAAUGCAGGUAGCAGAAGUCUUAUACCCAACAGCAGACUAUGUGACUGUGGAGUUAAACAGGAUUCAAUGUCUGGAGGCCCGGGAAGUUUUUGUAAGGACGUUAUCAACACAAGGAGAGUCCCAGGACUCACCCAUGGCCGUUAUACCGCACAAUCUCUUGGGCUCUCCUCACCUAUCCCGCAGGACCACUAGUCACCCUAUACCCCAACCGGUGCACUCACAAACCCACCCUCCUUACCCGUCGACGUACCCACCCAAUCACCCUCAGCCACAGGUUCAGCCUCUGCCUCGAACCCAACCCCACACGCUGCCACACUCGCAGCCCAGCCGCCACCCACCUCCCCACACCCAGCCUCAUUUUCAGCGCCACCCCAUGCCCAAGUCCAAACCUUUAGUAAGUGCCAGAGAGCCAGAAACCAAAGAGCAUGAGAUAGGCCUACGGUCGGCCCCGCACUGGGAGCGAUCUCCUUCUCCGCUGCCUCCGCCGAUGCGCGGGUCAAACCUGGAGCCGCCACAUUUUCCACCACGACGGUCGCCCUCUCCUCAGAGGAUCCUGCCGCAGCCUCAGGGAGUCCCCAUCCCCAACACCAUUGCCAAGGCCAUGGCCAGGGAAGCUGCCCAGAGAGUGUUCGCAGAAGGAAACCGGGUGAGUGGAAGUGAAAUCAUUUUGUGUUCAUCAACAGCACAUGAGGACAGACACUUCUGUCAUUGUAAUCAUCAUAACGUCAAUGACACGAGUGCAAAAAUGCUGCAAAUACAAGUUAAAAAAACAAGCAAGGCACAUUUCAAUUUCCCUAUUAAUGAAAAAUGUGUAAAAACACUGAGACAUGGGAGUUUUUCUAAAGGCGGGCAGUGCUGUUGAAGGUUAGAUAUUACAUGUGGACCAAUUUCACUUAAUUACCCCAUCCAAUUAUCCACCUCAAGUGUCAAAUACAUCUAUUUUCAGGUUGAGAAAAGGAACAUAUUCAGUGACCGAGGGAACGCCCUACAUCCACUUAACUCUGACGAGGAGGAGGACGGCUAUGAUUCUCCUCAUGCGAGGAGGAGAGGAGCCUCAGUAGAUGAAUUCCUCAGGGGCUCCGAGCUAGGUCGACAGGUAAUUAAAGAAAAACACAACGAGUUCUGCUCAUCUAAUCAGGGAGUGGCUCUCUUGUUUCUAGGACAAACAUGUAGCAGAGGCUUACCGCAGCAGCAGCAGCAGCAUGUGAACAGCAUUAAAAUGUGUAAUUUCACUUCCACUAGAGUCUUUCAAACGUCAUUGUGGGAAUAAUGUCUGAGGAGGGAAAUGGUGACUAACUCUGAGCAUAUCAACCAUCUGUUCAGCUUAAAAAUAUAAAUUAUCUGUUAUCAUUGUAGUAUUUAUUGUGUAACUAUAUAUAAAUGAUUUUCUUGGGGAACUUGGAGACUGGACUCUCUGCUCUCUGUGGAGUUGUUAACAUUCAUCAAUAUUAAAGGCUGAAGGAAAUUUAGUCCACUGACCAGCCAAUAAGAGGUUAUAGCUGCACCUUAAUGGAGAUGUCCAUCAUCAUUGGUGCAAAUCAGGUGGUGCAACAUGAUGUAGACACCUACCUUACUUACUUUCUGUUUCAUAAAAAAUAAACUCUUACACACUCUUUAUAGCAUGUUUCAAGACUUAAGUUCUCUUUUAUGAUCCUUUUAAUGUUUUUUUUUUUAAUAGUGUAAAAUUCAGUGUAUCUGAAAAGUAUGCAAAAGGGUUAGGGCCACAAGAAAUUAUAGAAAAACUAGAGGAGGGAGAUUUUUUUCAUUUCUAUUUCGAGAUUUAAGUCAAAAUUUUAAGAUUAAAGUCAAAAUUUUAAAAAGUCUAAAUGAAAAAAAUUGAAAUUACGACAUUAAAAUAAAAAUUUUGAUAUUAAAAAAAAUCUAAAUUAAAUUAAGAUUUUACUUUUUUUAAUCUCGAAAUGUCGUCAUUAUUCAUUACAUUUCAACAUUUUUUAAUCUCAAAAUUUUACAUUUUUUAUCUCAAAAUUUUAACUUUAUGGAAAUAAUUUUGAUUUUUUAAUUCAGAAAUUUCGACUUUCAUCACAAAAUUUCAACUUUCGACAAUUUUUUUCUCUUCAUGUGGCCCUUAUCCUCUUUUGUAGAAAAGUGCACUGUCUCUGCAAUCAACUGCAAAUAUCAGCGUUAGCACAGGCUAAACUAAUCCGGCAUUUUCAUGUCACAUGAUCUUGGUUGAUCCUGGGAAGAGCUACACAGCUGCACAGAAACCUUCUGUUGCUGAACACAAUAGUCACAAGUCUAGACAGUUCAGACUUUAUUUUCUCCUUCUAUGAGCUGCCUGUGACUCAUUCACCAGUGCGACUUAUAGAAAAAACACCAAGAAGAUCACACUCGAGAGUAAACCUCGAUGCUGAAUCUGCUCUUCUCUCCUCAGCAUCAUUAUCAUCACUACAGCCACAGUGAGGAGUACCACACAGAGAGCAGCCGAGGCUCUGACCUGUCUGACAUCAUGGAGGAGGACGAGGAGGACCUUUACUCCGAGAUGCAGCUGGAGGAAGGUCGCAGGCGCAGCAUCAACUCUCACAACACGCUAAAGGUACACACAGUGCACAUUCACUCUGUCGUGGUCAGGGGGGAGAACAGACGUUCAUGGGGGGGGGAACAGACGGUGAUAGGGGGGAGGGAGGGGGGAGGGUCCCGCUCUCUCUCUCUCUCUCAGGCUCGACAAGCAGGCCCAUGGUGGCUUUGCCUGGCUGAGCGUUUCCUGCCUCGCGUUAGCUGAAUCAGCCUCCCUGCCCCGGCCUGCUCCUCCACCCCCGCCCCUCCAGCACUGCUUUCCUCAUUUAAGGCUGAGCUCAUGGGAAUGGCUGUGUGUACAUAACCAUACAGCAUGCAAGAGGGAAAAAAAGAGGCUGAAAAUUAAAAAAAAAAGAGUCAUGUUUUCUAAGGUUUGGAUUGCAUUUUGAUUCUCUUUAAACUGUGAGACAGAAAUGUUGUUCAAAUGUUGUUCUGAGGAGUUAAAUUCUGAUAUAACACUGUAUACUGUAUUAAAGGGUCAUGGCAUAUGAAGUGGGAAUCUCAUUUAAGUGAGUACUUAAAUGGAAAUAUUCACUUUUGUUUAUGUCUGUCAUGUCUGAAACUUUGAUUUUCCUAUUAUGGAUGUAGAUGUAAACAUUGUUAACACAUGAUUCUGUUUCCAUUUGAGAUGUGUGGAAGUGAAGCCAGAUUUUGAUAUCAGAGGUUUAAACAAACUCACUGCUGGUUAAAUUUUGCUGCUGUUGUCCGGUUACCUGUACAGUAAUGUUCUGUAAAUGAGGGAUAUCUAAAUAUUGGUGUAUUCCCACUUUUAAUACACCAAUACUGCAUCACCAUCUGUCUGUAAAUCACUGUCACAUGUUACUCCUCAUAUCUCUGUAAAACAUAACUCUAUUUAAGGAAGUGUGAAGUCUUGGUUGUUGUUGUGUUUGAGUUAGAUAAGAAGUUAAAGAUGAUUUGUUUUCCUCUGUAUCUGUGAGCUCAUAGAAGAGUUGAGUUGUUUCUGUUUUUCUACAAUUAAAAAAAAAGUGUGUUGAUACAGUUUUACCCGUAGCAGCAGAUUCCUUUAUAUUUAACUAUUAGCUUUUUUGAAGAUUCAUUUAUUCAUUUCAUCCUCAUUCAUGUUGUAUUGAUCCCUCAGCAGUGGCUCUGAUUUUUUUGGUCUUGUUUUUUCUCACCUGUGAUAUUCUCUUUUCCAUAUUUAACCCUCCGUGCCCGCCCUGUUUCUCAGUUCCCUCUCCAUAUUCACAGAUUCCUGUUCAGAGCAUGCCAUUUCCUCCUCACGGAAUGAGACUGCAUGUUUUACGACAUUGCCACAAAUAACUAAUUCUGUCUUUAUUUUGUCUUUUUCCCCCAUUUGUUCUAUUCACAUACUGUGUUGUUUCCUGCCUGUUCUAAAACCUUCGAAAAACUUUUCAACCCCCUUCACAAAAUCUAAACUGAACCUUGUGAAUAAAACUGACUGUAACUGAACUGUGAAAUUGUGGGACCUGAUUGUGACUGAAGGCGUAUUACAAGCGUCAGGACUUGGCCGAGGAGAGAGACUGCUGGGACCUCCAGAGGGAGGUGGUGAAGCAGAAGUCGCUCCGCAGUAAGCGGCUCCACAGCAUCCCCGAGGUGGCCGAGGAAGAGUCGGACUGCGUGGACGGCAUGGGCCAGCGCCUUUGCUUCGAAGACGGCGGGCGGCCGGGGACGCCGCACACUCAGAGGAGGAUGUACCCCCAGAACAACCACAUCACCCCCAGCAAGAACUCCCGCUACCUACAGCGCCAACGCUCCUCCCCUCGCUUCACCGACAGCCGCUACUACUACAACGCAGACGACCGCAGCUUGGGAAGACUCAACCGCCAGAGCACCAAGAGUCCUGACAGCGGACUGGACUGCGGCAGCGAGGAAGAAGGGUCGCUGGGCCGGGGUCAUCGAGGGUAUUAUUCUCAUGGGAGCCCCAUGCGGGGACCAGUGCACUUUAUUCACUGUGAAGGCCCGGUGGAGAGGCGCGCGCUGGCGAUGGGCCGUAAAAGAACUCUGACUCGGCAGUGCAGCGUGGAGGAGGAGUAUCAUCCAGGGACUUCAGCCAAAUCGGUACACACGGGUGACUUUAGGAACAGGGAGCACUUUGGACCCGGGCGAGGGACCAGGGAGCGUAACUACAGGGAAGGAGCCCUGAGCGAGGGCAGGCUGAACGAGCUGGACAGGGUCUAUUACAGCCCCCACAGGGAGGCUAGGGCCCACUCUUUGUCCAGGCUCAACCGGGACCAGCCGCUGGUGUGUGAUUCAGACUUUCUGCUGUACUUUUCAUCAGCAAGCUGCAGCCAUUCUCAGUGUUGUGUGUUUUUCUUUACGACCCCCACCCCCCCUCCUUGAUUUGAUCUCAUGGUCGGUCUCAUUUGAUGUUUUUCUUUUGUGUGAAUUUUUGGUCGUUUGUAUCCAGAACGUCAGGUGGAUUUUUAAAGUCGAGCUUUCUCUUACCUAAAGGCCAUUUAUCCCCGUUUUGACUUCUCAUGUCUGUGAGGGGAAAGGUUUCAUUUAAAGGGAAAGUAUCUGUGCACUUCAUGGGGACAUGCUGCUCCCGUAUCUUCCUCCCCCUCCUCCUCCUCUUCCUCCUCCUCCUCUGCCAGCUGCCAGCCUCAUCUGUUGCUCUCCAUGUGUCGCCCUCUAGAGCUGAGGCAGUGAUGCUGCACCUCCUGCUCGGAGCUUCAUUUCAGCAACUCCUGCCUCUCAUUGCUUCACAGUUUAAAAUCAGGAUCAGGAUUUAUCCUCCAGUGAUUCAUUCGCACCAUCUCCUGCUUUUCUUUUUUUUCUCAUUUCAAUAAAAAAAAUCUUGUUUUUCUCUGUUUUUGUUUAUUGAAUCUUUUGGUUGUUAUUAAAAAAGUCUGACGCUCAUCCUCAAACACAUCCUCAACUAUUCUUCUUGUUUUGUUCUCAUCCACGUCCUUUUUUCGUUCUCAUACAGGAGCUGACAUGCACAGAACAAAACAAACCAAACAAAUGGUCUUUAGCUAAACAUCUGACCCUUCCUUACUCCCCCUGGUCCAUGUCUUUGUGUUAAUGAUUUGAUUUGAUGGUUUUUUUAUGAGUUUGUUUUGUUGUUUUCGAUUCUUUUGUCUUCCUAAGGACAAAUGGAAGCCACAACAUUUGCUCUUAUGGUCUUUUUGGUUGUUUUGAUGAGAAUGUGGGAUUGUUUUCUGUAUUUGAUGGCCAUCAUGAUGCGUCUGUUUUGAGUUUCUAACCUCUGCUCUGUUGUUUUUUUAAUCUAAAGAUCAUUGGGAACUCAUCGUCACACGGAAACGCCGAUCGUCUGGAACACUCAGGGAGGAGGCUGGUUCACAUCGGCACCCCCCCUCAGCAGCGGCCCAUCCCAUCCAUUGGUUAGUGAGGUCACCACAUGAGGAGACGCCUCAUCCCCCCCCACCUGCAGGGCCACUGAUGUUUGUGCUAUUUAUACCAUGUGUUUCCCCUUACCCAUGUGAUCUGAGCUGAGCUGAACAUCUCUCCCAUAGAGCUUAAACUUCCACCUAGACCCCUACUUUAGCUCCUCAUCCUCACCAGCUGGACUCGCCAGAUGUUCACACGCAGUUUUCAGGAAAGUUCUCCCAGAUACCAUCCCUAUGCCUUUGUUUACUGUGGCUUAACAUGUUAAUAUGACCCACCCAAUUUGAUCCCCCCCCUUACCCCGCAACAGUGCAAGCAUUGCUGUUUUACACCCAGUGACUCCAGAGUGAAACCUGUUGCCUUGUACACCCUCCCACCUCAGGGCAACCUCCAUCAUCCUACUGUCUCAGCAUGAGUGAAUGGGCCAUGGGGUAGACCAGAGUGUGUGUGCGGGGGAUCUCUGACCGUAACGUUGUGAUUGGUGUCUUCUGUAGAGAUCACCAUGGACAGUAACAGUGAGGGGAGUGAGGGGAACCUCUCACCCGUCAAGGAGGAUGUUAACUAUGGCAGUGUAGCUCGGCGCAGGAUAUGGCGAUCUUUGUCCUCAGAGGAUCAAUAUGGUAUGUGGUGCAGCUUCUCUCCCAGGUGACAAUUCAACUUGAAAAGGUCAGAAAAAAAAACAACACAAAAAAAAAAAGAGGCCACAAAUGCAGUGAUAUCAUGAUGGUCUUUGUUACUGUGCUGGACAGUUAGCUUCUUUGUUUAGCUUAGCUUAGCUUAGCUGAAUAAAGCUGACGGGGGAAGUCAAGACUGGCCACUUUUCCCGUUGCUGGAGAAUGAAAACCCUUUCCCUGUUUGUACUCCUUACACCUCCUUCCAAUCCCAAGAAACCCCAACUCACCCACUCUCCCCAUUCACCCUCCAUUUCCAGACCACUCUCCCACCUUAACCCCGCCCUCUCCUCCUCUCCUUCAAUCUCCCCUCAUCUCCUCCUCUCCUUUCCUUCUCCUCCCCGCCUCUCUGAGUCGGCAGCCUGUUUUUUGAUGUUUAUUUUGCAUGACCCAUUUCCAGUACAGUGAGAAGGAAAGACACAUUAGUGGAUGAGUCGAUGCAUUCUCGCCUUGUUGGAAUCACUCGGUUGCACUUUCAUUAACUCUGCUGCCAUCCAAGUCUAACACAUUUCUGCACAUUUGAAAAAAAAAAAGCAUUUUUCUCAGCUGCUGCUUAGGUUUAGCAUCGGUUGCAUUCUCUCUGAGCCAUUAUCCAGACUUCCAGCCUGCCAUUGAAACAUUGAACAUGGUGAUCCAUGAGAAGCAUGAGGUACUGAUAUCAGGUUCAUCCCUUCCCCCUCACUGUCCCUGAUAUCUGCGUUGUCACAAACUGCUGCUGGGGCGUUUGAUGUCUUUUGCACCCUGAGAAGCGCGCCUUUUUUUUUCGCUGCACAUUAUUUCCAGACGCGGCCUUGAAAAGCAUGACGGCACACCUGCAUUUGGUGUAGGAAUGCUCUCCUCGCCAUGUCCAGUCCCAGGAAAGCAUGCAUGUCGAUCAGCCUCUGUGAGAUAAGGCAGUGAAACAGCAAUGAACAGUAGUGCAAUGUUACUUGUGUCCUCCUGGUGUGCACAGUCAUUCAGUAUCCCUUGCACCCCGACAGACUGCUUGACCUGUUUCCUGUCUGUGCUGUGUGGUUUUGUGUUUCGGUGACUGUCACGCCAGCAAACAGAGAUGUGUGAACGAAGAACCCCCGCUGAAGAGAGCGAUUAUCUCAAAGCAUCUUAAAGUGUCGGGAGUCUCAAAACAGUUUCAAACUCCGGCAUCCAGUCUCUGGCUCUUUUUUCACACAUGCAUCUCAUCGCCCUCUCCCCUGUCAGCUCUAACAGAGAGACAUCUUCUGCUCUCAUUGCCUCUACAGCCAGCGUGGCUGUAUAAGGCUGGUAGUAGCAGCAGAGGCCUCCUCUAUGUUUCAGACGGCUACGGCGGGCGCAGGCACGGGCGAGGGCGGCGUUCUCUGGAUUACUACGAGGAAUCGGAGCCGGAGGAGCUGACCCGUGUGUUUGUGGCUCUGUUCGACUACGACCCCAUGUCCAUGUCUCCGAACCCUGACGCUGCGGACGAGGAGCUGCCGUUCAAGGAGGGCCAGAUCAUCAAGGUGACCCUUUAAGAGUUCACUUAUUUUAACACACUCAUAAAUAAAUAACACGAGCGUGAUGGUGACCUCCUCUGAUUUUGUUUCCUCUUUGUCGUUUUUUAGGUGUUUGGUAAUAAAGACACAGACGGCUUCUACAGGGCAGAGAUCAGAGACCGAGUGGGUCUGAUCCCUUGUAACAUGGUCUCUGAGAUCCAGACGGAGGAUGACGACAUGAUGGGUCAGCUCCUAAAACAGGGUUUUCUGCCCCUCAACACUCCUGUGGAGAAGUUAGGUGAGACUUCAUCUUCAUCUGAGGUUUCUGUCUCUUUUCCCUGAUCCAUCUUUUUGAGGACUGUUCUCCUCUCUUCUGCUCUCCUCACUUAUAAUCCUUUUCUUCUGCUUUCCUGUGAAGUCAACUGUGACCGUUUCAAAGAUGGACGCUCAAUAAAUCGCAGAUCCAGAAAAUCUAAAAGAGGUCUGUGGUCCAGUCAGAAGUUUUUCUGCUUUUUCUUCACUGUUUAUCAUCUGUACUUAUCUUUGAAUCCCCAUCAGCGUCUUCACUUUUACUUUCCUCUAGUCAAACUACAGAGCUGUUUACCGUCAAAGCUACUUGCAUGACUGUUCCUAAUAAUCCCAAAAAUACUCUGAAAUAGUUAAAGAUACUCUCCAUCGCUCAGUGUUUUCUGACUUUGUCUCUCCAUAGAGAGGAACAGGCGGAGUGGUCGUCAGUAUCCAAUGUCGACGCGGCGAAUGGUGGCUCUGUACGACUAUGACCCUCGGGAGAGCUCGCCUAAUGUCGAUGUAGAGGUACUGUCUUCUUUUAGCUCCGGCUUUUUACUGUCUUGAUUGUUUUCUGUCACCAUCACCAUGUUAACAGAAGCUUAAAGGGUGUGUCAGCGUUUUAAUUCAGUAUAUCUGAUUCGUCUAUUUGUUCAAAACCAACAAAAGAGCUGCUACACACAAAACUGAGAUGAGAUUAUUGGACCUGGAUCCACCAGCUUUUAUCAUCACUAUAACACUUUACACAAACUCUCAUAUCAAACAGGCCUAAUUUAAGUUCAGUCAGAACCACUUCAGCUCAAAUGAUAAUGAAUGUGGCAAAAAGUAAUGAGUGGAGAGUGCACCUCCCUCGCAGAAGAGGAUAAGGGCCAACGAGGGGAAAAAAAGAUCCAACAUAUAAUUCUUUUAAUUAUUAUUAUCCAGAGAUUCAAGUCAGAAUUCCGACUUUAAUCUCAGAAUUCCGACUUUAAUCUCAGAAUUCCGACUUUAAUUUCAGGAUUUCCAACUUUAAUCUCAGAAUUCCGAAUUUAAUCUCAGAAUUCCAACUUUAAUCUCAGGAUUCCAAUUUUAAUCUCAGAAUUCCGAAUUUAAUCUCAGAAUUCCAAUUUUAAUCUCAGAAUUCCGAAUUUAAUGUCAGAAUUCCGACUUUAAUCUCAGAAUUCCGAUUUUUUAAUCUCAUAGUAAAAUCAAAAUUUCAAUCGCAGAAUUCUGACUUUAAUCUCAGAAAUCUCAGAAACCCAGAAUUUCGAUUUUUCUCUUAGAAUUUCUCAUAAUUUUUCUUAGAAUUAUCCUUAUAAACUCAGAAUUCUGACUUUAACCUCAGAAUUCGAACUUUUUCUCUGAAUUUCUCGUAGAAUUCUGACUUUUUUUCUUAGAAUAAUAAUAAUGAUAACAAUAAUAAUAAUAAUAAUAAUAAUAAUAAUAAUAAUAAUAAUAAUAAUAUUUCAGACCUUUUAUUUUUUAUUUCCAGCAGCCCUAAUCCUCUUUUGUACUCUCUUAAUUUGCUCAUGCAUUUGCAGAAAGCCAAGGCAGGGAAAACAGCAGCAGCAAAGACCCUCGUAGUUCAGGACACAGUAGACAUCAGUAACACUGACUAUGACAAAGAAGACAAGUCCAACAUAACCUCUGUUUUUGUACAGGUUGAAUGAUAUACAGUGUAAUAAUAAUAGUAAACAGAGGUGGCGCUGGUGAGCAGGUUUUUUUAACCCCUUCACAGCCAGGCAGACACCCAGCUGAGUUCAUGUCUCCCAGCUGCAGCUUCAUGGUUAAAGCGCAGAUAUUUAAAGCUCAGAUAUUUAAAUCUCAGAUAGGAUUGGUUGUGUUUUAUUUUCAGACUCUAAGAUGAUGUUAAAGUGUUCGUCCUUCAUUUUUGAUUCAGGGAGUUUGUUCAUAGUUGGGGUUAGAGUUAGCGUUGUGUAAGUCAGAGAAUUGAAUCACUUUCCCGUGCUGUUGUUUUAUUUUUUUUGCCCUCCCCCCAUUUACUUACUCUCACCUCUCCAUUGGCAUUGCCACCGACACAGUAUGAGGGCAACAGACUGAAUGAGGAGGUGAGUGAGGGUGAGGAGGGUACACUACUGUCUGCUGUGUCUGUGUGUUUCCUCCCCCCGUUUGUCAGACUGCAAACGAGGAGGUGGGCCUGGGUGACGGGCCUCGGCCCCCUGUCCCCCCACGGUGAUCAUGACACAGCCCCUCAUGCAUUGCCUGAGCCAGCAUCUCCCCUCCUCGGUUUGGUCUCUUGUGUCCACCUGUCUCCCGUACAUAUGCUGUGUCUGGUUUGUGCUGUCCUGAGAGUCCCAAAGGACAGAUGUGCCACGUGUGUUGCAAUCCUGUCUUCAAUGAUCCAACAUUUGAUGCAUCCACACUCGGAGCAGUCCGCCUUAAAAACAAGAAUGAAAAGACGCUGGUGUUUAAGAUGCAUCACAGUGAUUUGGAGAAGGAAGCACAGCAUUUCAAAGUCAUCCGACCCCAGUAAUAACUGUGACGUUCUGUAAAGUCUGGACUUUAGACAUCAGCAGGAGUCCAGAGACCAGACCCGUCUGAAGGUUUUCUCCUCUUUGACAGGCUGAGCUGACUUUCUGUGCCGGAGAUGUCAUCACAGUUUUUGGUGAAAUCGAUGAAGACGGCUUUUAUUACGUGAGUACUCAACGUUUUAUUUCCACUGCGAUCUUUUGUCCUGACUGAAGGUAGAUGAGCGUGUCCUCGCCAGUGAAGAUUUUCUACCACAUCCUCUUACUUUCAGUAAAUACCCCCGUCACCAAAACCCUGAACCCGGUCCAGAUGUAAAUAUUCAAGGUUAGCUCCCAUCUCAGAGACGGGGGUUCUUACUGUAGGUCAACCAGGUCCUGAUGGAGGUCUGUCUUAGUCCAGGAUUAAGAUGAUGUCUGACUGACAUGUUGUCUCGCAGACACUGAACCUCUGAAGUGUGUUUUCUCUUCUGGCUGAGCCGUCUCCUUUAAGGCGGCGUCCCCUCAUGGGAGUCGGCAUUAGUGCUCCAGGCUCUCGGUGGUCUCACUUUGAGCCUGAUGAGUCUGCACGAACGGUUUUAUUUUCAUACAAGACCGCAGUGUUUCUCUCUUUGACCUUUACGAAGGAAGGAGGCGACCUUUACGUUCACCUCAGGCGGCCCGGGGUGAUCGUUCUCGCCUGGGGCCCGUUUGUCCGAGUUAAUCCCUGCGUCUUGUAGCUCUGUGACUUUGGAGCCCUGGAGCUUUGUCUGUCUCUCUUUAUUUAAAGACAGAGGAGGUCUCGGUUCUCUUUGUCCCAGGUGUGUGGGACCCGGGACCUAAAAUCUGCUAGAUUGACAAAUUAAACAUGAUUUCCAAAAUGAUGGAAAGAGCCGUUAUCCUGCUGUUUUAAAGCUGCUAUAAGGAGUUUUUUUAUGUUGUUUAUGUUGAUGGAAUAGACUGAAUUCAUUUUUAUUAUAUCCAAAAGUAACAUGAGAGUGUGAGCCAAGCAGCUGAAGAAAAAGCCGUUUCAUGAUAAGACGCAGAUUUCAGUGUUUCUUUCCGACUUCUGUGCGACGUCUCCUUCCACGUUUGAACCUUUAAAUGUCGCCGUUUUAGACUUUCUGUGAGAAGCUCUUAAGUCUCCUUACAAGUCCUCGUCUCUCCUCCGAACAGUUUUUCGCUGUCGGAGCUCUCUGAAGGGCUGAAAACUUUAAACUUUACAGAGAUCACGUCUGAACUUUAGGGAAAAAGCUCCAAAAACAUCCGGAUUUGAAGAAUUAGACGAGGAAGCUUUGUGAAUUAGGAGACAGCUAGUUUCCUUUUUUUGCUCUCUUGGUAUUUUGGCCUUCCUCUACAAAGAGUCGGUAUCUGUUUAUCAACAAUCGUCUGAUUCUGUCUGAAUAAGAAGUGAAUACUGGGAGAGUAUUGUCAGCGUCUCUGUGAAGCGUCGAAGCGCCUUCCUAAAUCAGAGGCUGAAAUAAUCGAACUCGGGGUUUCAUCGCGGUGAAAAAGUGACUCACCGCUCUCGUCUCCUCCUCAGGGCGAGCUCAACGGACACAAGGGACUCGUACCUUCCAACUUUCUCGAAGAAGUGCCUGAUGAUGUAGAGGUUUUUCUCACGGACUCACCAUCUCGAUACCCCCAGGACACUCCAGCACGGAUAAAGACCAAAAGGGUACAUGCUCCUUCGCAGUACUAGCCCUCUGUCAUCCAUUAACUCUUUUCAGUUCCCUCUAUCUCCUCUAGUGUGGUGUCUGUGCGCGCGCGUGUAUGUGUGUGUGUGUGCGUGCGUGUGUGAUUUCUGACUCUGGAGCAUUACACUGUAAAUAAAUAGAUGUCUGAGAUCUAUGAAGAAAAAAUCAAUCUUUAAGACUUAUAUACUUGACAGAGGUUACUUUUAUUUUUCAUGUUUACUGCUGUGAAGGGGGUGGGGGGGUUGUGCAUUGUAUAAUAAAUACAUGGACAUGUUGUAUUCAUAAAGCAUUCUCAAUGAGAGUAUCUAAAAACAGAGAGAGGGAGACUUUCUACUUGUUCUGUCGUGUCUUGAAGAAGCUGUUCACACACCUUUUUGCACAUGCAUUAUCGAGCAUCGGAACAGAUGCUUUAUGAAUAUAUUCUGUGUUUGAUCAUUUCUAAUAGAGUCAAUAGUUUUGUUGUACUAAGAGAUGAUGAUGAUGAUGAUGAACUCUGUAGUCUGUAGCGCAGCAUGUUCUAUAGUCCAGAUGCAUGACGACUUCUUCUUGAAGAUUUUAUAUAAAGAUAAGUCUAGUGUAGUUCCACUUUUUGUAUCCGCUCCUGAACGCCUUGUUUUUUUUGUAAAUUGCUUUCUUGUAAAGUAGCACGCAAAAGGUCACUUAACCUAUGUUGCCAUCAGAGAAGAAGAGUAAUUUCAGACGUUUAUUAACUGUAAAUAUGUGAUAUGUUAUUUUUAUGUUGAACGAAAAUAAUGCAAUUGUUGAAAUCUGAAUAGAUGUCAUCAGAUGACUCUUUCUUUCUUUCCCUGUAUGUUCUGAUCUACCACUGUCACAGUGAAAUCUUACCCAGAUGCCAUCACCAUAUUUUGUUUUUAUUUCUUUUCCUCACCCGCUCGGCAAAACAGAAGAAGAGUGUUCAUUUCACACCUUAAAGGCUCUGUUUCCGUCACGUAAGUGAGCAACUGAGGAUACCACGAUUACGCUCCCCUCGUCUAAUGCAGAUGACAUGGGUCCCCUUAGUUUCUGGUAUGCAUCAUGUGGACUUUCUAUAUCUGACAUUCCUUCAGUGCUGCUCUGUCUUUAGCUAGAUUUAGGACUCUUCUCUGUUCCACCAAAAAAACUGGAUGAUGUUUGUCGCUAGGAGACAGUUACCCCCCAGCCAAUGCAUUAGACAAGAAGUACGGUAUCUUCAGUUGUUUCUCUGAGUGUUGUACAUGAAAAUGUCCGUCUCCUGCAAUAAAUCUCCUGCUGUAAUUCAUGGGAAGCUAAAAGGCCGUAAUCGUUGAAACGCCCUGAGAAAGGCUCUGCAGAGGCAGUCAGACUUCUGUCGGCGCAGCACGGCGCAAUCCUGAAUCCAGAAAACAAAGAAAAAACUAUGCAAAGAAAAAAUUUGGAAGAAAGACUAAAAAUUGUUUUUGGUGUCGUGUCUCUAAAUUAAGGUUUCCUUUUUUCAGACUUUCUCUUUCAUUCAAAGAAAAAUUGAAAUGUUAAAAAAAACAAACAAACACAGUUCUCAGAGCUCAAAGUUAACAAUCAGACGGCAAACUUACUGGUUUAAAGCGAGACAAAGGUCAGACACAACAGAGAGUCAGUGAACUUGGUAACUGUUGCUGCAGUUUUGACCUAAAGUUUGUAUCAUUUGCUGCUGGUCACACACACAACCGAUAAAGCCUGACAGUAAAACGAGAGAAGAGAGUCACAGACUGUAUUAAGCUGCUGUGACCUCCACACUUGUCUCUCGAACUCAGACUUUUACUCGUCCAAAAGCACCUUACUUUAUCUCCCUAAUUUAGUAAAUCAACCUCAGACUGAACUGAGAGAAAUCAAACUACAGUAACACUCACUGAGGAAGAAGGCUUGUUUUUCUAUCAUGGACUCCUUUUUGCAAACAGUGGAGUCGCCCCCUGCUGGCCAAUAGAAAGAAUCCACCUCCACAUUCUAAUCCAGUCUUCCUCCAGUUCUUCUCCUAAAGUGUGACCCUUUUCUGAUGCAGCAGAAACGUCUAUACUUGUGCCAUCUCGCUUUAAACUCAGAAAACAAACACAGCAGACUGAUCUGGAUACGAAACAGACAGAAAAAAGCCUCUUUAAAAAAAAAGAAAAAAGCCUUUUAGCUCAUGAUUACAGAGAAGGAGGAGUGACCGGUAGUUUCUCUGUAACCCAGUUGUACCAGUAAAAAUCCAUAUCCAGUAUAUUUGACAGACAAACGUGGUUGUGAUAUAAAUUUGUCCCGAUGUGUCCCCAAAUGCAAAUGUAUCUGUUUAUGUGAGAAACUGCCCGCUUUUGUUGGGAAAUGUUGUCACCUUACAUCGAUGUGUGAAGGUCAGUCAAUGUCAUGCUUUAACUCUGUGCUUCUGUAGCUUCUCCAUUAGCAAAAACAAAAACAAAGAUACAUGAUGGGAGGGAGGAGGGAGGGAGGACAACAUCCAGGGGGGUAGACUUCAGAGCUAUGGUGGCCCUACUGAGACAGAAAGGACUAAAAGAGAAGGAGGGGAGUAGAGGCUGAGGUGGGACAGAGACGCUUGGUCUGUUUAACACCCUCAACUGUCCCUUACGGGUCUCCCAUUAGGUUCCGAUGGAAAAAUCGGCUCCGCCCAGAAGAGCAGCCUCUCCGCACAUCCACGGCUCCGGCCCUGCCACCGUGGGGCCCGGCAGCCCCAUCAGGGCCCCACUGGACAUGUACUCCUCCAAUCAGAGAAAGGGACUGCUCUCCAAAGGGAAGAAACUAUUGCAGAGACUGGGCGCUGUAAAAUAAAAACACCGAGUGUCAUCAUCCUAAAACGAUCAGUCAACAGGCGAACGCUUUAUUCUUGUACAUCUGUUGUAAACUAGAAUAUUUGUAUUGAGGACAUAUUUUUAAUCACAUUUCAUAUUAAGGUCUCCAGACCUCGGGGGGGGAGUCUGCAGAGGAGUUUCUUACCUCCAGGUCUCCCGGCUGAUGACGUUGGGCUGUAGACUGAGAGAGACGGGGCUAAAAAACACCACAAAUAAUGAGUCUGACCAGAAUGUCUGUCAAACACUGAGGGCUCCGUUUAAUAACCGCAGACAGAGAGACCUGAUCUGCUGCAUGCUUUUACUUCAGCACAUUCCCUCCUACUGACUCCCUCUCAGACAUGAUGGGUUCAGCUCUGAACCUGGAGCGUGCAGUAUUUUAACAUCGCAGCGCCGCUGUGCAGUAUACUGUGACAAAUCAGCAGAUUUAACUCCUCCUCCUCUGUCCUACUUUAACUACUGUGAGAGAGCCAAGUGUUCCCCUCCGACAUGUCAGACGCCUCCAAACAAGCACAUGCUCUACCUACUUACCUACCACAGGGUCUCUGCAGUCGAAUCAGCCUGAAUGGAAAUGCCUCGUAGAUCCAACCUCCAUGUAUUUGCCUUAUUAUCGCACAAUGGUUCGUACUUUUAGUCCAGUAGAGCGUGCAGUCUCUGUCUCCAUGCCUGCUUUUUUUUUUCAUUUACGUCGUCGAUCUGACGUUUGCAGACGUUCAUCCUGACUCGUGGUGUGCAGGGUACCGUGUGACUGUCGUGAGCUUUACGUGUAAACCGUCAACAGACGAGCCCGAAAAAGAGAGAAAAUUAUUUUUAAUCUUCUAGAAAAGAAAGAAAAGGGCAAAAAAAAUAAAGAGAAUUUAUUUAUUUUUCACUGUUUUUUUUUCCACAUCUGAUAAAACACGACUACUCUACCGAGGAAACAGACGUACUGUGUCAUAAAGCAUCAGCAAACAGAGUCCUGUUACUGUACUGCAUCUGAUCCAUGACGCGCACCGCUAGGAGACGAGAGGGUUUGACAGUGAGACACAAGGCUACCUCGACCUGUCCGACCCCAGACCUAUUCGAUCGGAAACAUGUUCAUUCAAGCCAAUCUGUCAGUGAUGCCUGUUCAGUGUGUCCCGAGUGAUGUUGGUGCAGGAUACAAAGUACUGUAUAUCAAUAAAUCUAUAUAUCUAUAUCUAUAUAUCUAUAUCUACACCUUAAUGUAGAGUAGUGAAUGUAUGAUGAAUUGAAAGCCAAUGUAUUUUCAAAGCUGCCCAAAAGGAUUGUGCAGAUGUUCGUCUUUGUGCGUGAAAUGAAACAGUCCACCUUUCUUUCUUUUCUUUCUUUCCACCUUUCUUCAGUUUUUUUUUUUCCAUUUCAUCCUCAUUGUACUGAAAAAGAUUGAAUCUAGCCUAUUUUUUCUACACACGAGUUGAACUGAAACUGCCAAAAAAGAAUGUAUGCAAAAACAUUCUGAUACUCUCUCGGCCAACAGCCAUGAAACCCCCCUGCGCUACACCGACGUCCAUCUUUCUCCUCUUUCUGGACCAUGUCUUCUUCUUCUUCUUCGUCUUCAGACGUUUGCUUUGAUUCAUUUUUGAGUGACUGUUGCUCUUUUUGUACUUUUUGUCCAUUUGUAAAAUUGUUUUUAAAUGUUUAUACUUGAUUUUCAAACUGCCUUUUUUGUACAUUUAACUUUAUAAUCAGACAGUGCAAGCUUUCCCCAUGGUGUCUUGAAGACAAUAUUGUUUAAAGAGUCUGCAGUUGUGUGCUAGCUUUAUGAUAAGAAUUAUCAGCCUAUAUUGAUGGAUACAAAAAAAAACUAUUGUGUGGGUGUGCAUGUGCAAUCUUUUCUAACAAAAGACAAAACAACAAUCUAAAUAAAUUUGAUAUUUUCUAACAUU